GGCAACGGUGACGUUCCAUCUUCCACACCAUGUGCUAAAGUUGGUCGCCAGUGGCAUCGUGAAUGAGCUGAAGAAGAUAAACCAGAACGUCGCUGCCUUGUCUGUGGCCUCGUCCAUCAUGGACAGGCUCUCCUACCUCUUACCAAGUGCACGGCCUGAGCUGGGGGUUGGGCCCAGGGCGCUCUGUAGAUAGGUGAGCAGGACCUUAAACCAUGACACACCUCACCAUGCACCACAGAGGUGUUACAAUUACUGAAUUAACCGAUUUUGUUCCUUUUGUUUUGCCUUCAUUUCUGUAUUGACAAGUUGACUCUUGCUGUCUGUCUUUCAGAUCAUUGAUGUACAGUGAGGCAAAUAGGAGAGAAACGUUCAUGUCGUGGCCCCACGCCGGGUACAGGUGGGCACAGCCUGACCCCAUGGCCCAAGCAGGAUUUUACCACCAGGUAGGCAGUGUAAGGACACCUCUCCCAUCAUCUCUCUCUCUCUCUAAUGCUUACAUAGUGAAGAAAAAUGUAUAUUUGAUCCUGAUGCAGUAUAAAGAGGCAUAAUAUUUCUGUACAUAAAGUGUAAAAGAUUAGCUGGUUUUUAUUGCGUAUGGUUGAGCCUCGUGGUGCUUGGCUUCCAGUUCUUCCCUGUUGUGAAAUUCCUUUCUUCUCAUUCCUUUUCUCUCCCUCUGCAGCCUGCCUCCACCGGUGAUGACAGGGCAAUGUGUUUCACAUGCAGUGUCUGCCUAGUGUGUUGGGAGCCCACAGAUGAACCAUGGUGAGUCACUCACUAGUGCUGAGCGAUUAACCGUCAUUUCGUAAAAUAUUUGGGAUUAUUAAACAACUAAUUGUCCGUCGGUUCAAUUACUUGAAUUCCAUUGAAAACGGGUCGUUUUCCUAGAGAGAAAUCAAAUAAUUCACGAGAUAAAUCAACUCUAGAGCUAUGUGGGACGAUGGCGUUGUAGUUUUCAUUAAACAAAUAUUCAACCUAGUUCAGUGCAGAAACGUGGUAAUGAACUACAAUGACCAUAAUCCAUUGCACCAUUUUGUUUGUCUCGGACACAGGUCAGAGACGAAGAGGCGAAGCGUGAGGUUUCACUCUCGACAUAAUCUGUCCAAAAUAAUCCCAAUGUGUUUCUAUUGGUUUAUUUUGGAUCUAACCUUGUUGCCCGCCUUUGGGACAACGACUCCCAUUCUUAGGGCGGAGGCAUGAGCAUCUCGUCAUUAUAUACAGAUCUCUGGACUGAUACUUUUAAAAAGCUCUAAAAUCAUUGUAAUGUCAUUAUUUCAUAAUGCCUUUUUAUGUAUUUUUUUUAAUCUCGAAAAACGUGAUUACUUUCAAAUAAUUGAACUGAAACUGAACCGACCUCAAAAAGUACUAAUCACUCAGCACUAUCUCUCUCUCUCACACACACACACACUCACUCACAAACACACACACACACCGCAGAACAUUCAGAUCGCAUAUUCAUUUACCUCUCAACAACAUAAUGACCAUGACUCCGCCUCCUCGUCAGGUCUGAGCAUGAGCGACAUUCCCCCAACUGUCCGUUUGUGAAGGGUGAGCACACCCAGAACGUGCCCUUGUCCGUCACGCUGGCCACCAGCCCCGCACAGUUCCCCACCCCCGAUGGCUCAGAUAAGAUCGCCUGCUACGGCUUCGGCAGCUGUCCCCACUUCCUGGCAGCCGCCACCAAGCGCGGCAAGAUCUGCAUCUGGGACGUGUCCAAGCUCAUGAAGGUAAGGCCGCACUGCUCGGCGUGGGGGGGAAACAUGAUGCAGUGAUGACAUCGUGAAAGUUUGAUCUGGCCCUAGGUGAACUGGUGCAGUCAAUAUUUCAAACUAAUGUCAUCGGGAAGAGAAGUAGAGUUUUGCUGAUGUCUGCCUCCAUGCUUUGCUUUUGGUGUGUAGGUGGUUGUCUGAGUGGCAUGAGCGUGAGUCCUGGAUGUCUGGGCCUAUUCAUCAGACUUGAUUAACAUACAUAACUUAGGAUGGCAUGAGUAAAUAAUACGUUUAUCUCUAUGUGCAUGUUGUUAUUACUAAUGUUUGUAAUUGUGAUUUGAUGAUUCAUGAUGUUUUGCGUUCCCCUCAGGUGCACUUGAAAUUUGAAAUCAACCCGUACGACCCGGCGAUCCUGCGGCAGCUGAUUCUGUCUGGGAGCGAGCAGGCCCUGGGGACCCAGGAGUCCAGGAGGCCCACCUUAGCCUGGCUAGAGGACUCCUCCAGCUGCUCAGACAUACCAAAACUAGAGGGGGACAGGUACUAUCGGACACACUUACUCUAUGCACACCUAGUCAAUUAAAGUUUAAAUGGAGUUCAGUGUGUUAAGUGUGUGUGUGUGUAAAAAAAAUUAUGCACUCACUUAACUGUAAGUCGCUCUGGAUAAGAGCGUCUGCUAAAUGACUAAAAUGUAAAUGUAAAAAAAGGAAAUCUGUUAGAAAUAGAUGUGACCUCUCUUCUUGUCUGUCUCUGCCAGUGAUGAUCAGUUGGAGGACUCGGACAGUGAAGAGCAUUCCAGAUCAGAGUCGGUGACUGGUAUGAAGCCGCUCUUCAAAUCUUAUUACUCUUUUGGUAUCCUUAAGAUAGCCUAUCUCAUUUAUUUGUGUCCCCUCAUGUUCCCAGGCCACCCGUCCCAGAGAGAGAGCAUGGAGGUGAGCCUGGGUGUGACAGCGCUAAGCAUCCUGCAGCAACCAGAGAAGCUCCAGUGGGAGGUGGUGGCCAGCGUGUUGGAGGACACAGUCAAGGACCUGGAGGAGCUGGGGGCCAACCCUUCCCUGGCCCAGGCCAAGGCCGACAAGGCCAAGGAGAAGCCCCCGGAGCACCACAACAUUCCUUUCCCCUGCUUGCUGGCUGGAGGCCUGCUCAGCUACCGCUCUGCCGCCAGCUUCCCGCUUGCUGCCCCACCCCCCUCCUCCCGCCGCUCCAUGGACGGCCCCCUCAGGACUCAGGGCCCUGAGCCCCCCCAUGCCGUGCCUGACCAGGGCCCCAUGGAGAUAGAGACCUGUAACCUCCCUCCCACGGAGCUGGGCUCGCCCAACUCAGCCGUUCCUGCCGUGCGCAGGACUAUGCCCGUGCUCCUGCUCUACUGCUUCAAGGAGUCGGAGGAGAAGUCGUCGGGCAAGGUGUUUGCCCAGAUGAACAAUCUGAUGAGCAAGGGGCUGCACGAGGAGGGCUUCUCCGUGCCACAGAUCAUUGAGAUGGAGUUCGAUACCCACGAGCAGCUGCUGCUCCAGGACCCGCCCAUCACCUACAUCCAGCAGUUUGCAGACGCUGCCGCCAACCUAGCCGCCCUGGACGGGGACAAGUGGAGCUCGCUAGCGCCGCGGCCGGGAGCCCUGGUGCAGUGUCUGCGGCUGCCCAAGCAGCUGGAGGAGGAGAACCUCUACGUGGACUCCAUCACGCCAUGCUCAGACGGCGUGCACCUGCUGGUGGGGCUGCAGCCCUGCUCUGUAGAGUCUCUCAGCGCCAUCAACCAGGUGGAGGCCCUCAACAACCUUAACCGCCUCCACUCAGCCCUCUGCAGCCGCCGCAAGGGAGAGCUCCAGCCCCUGCCUACACUGGCCAAUGGACACGAAGCCCUCCCCUCCGCUUCACCCCCUCAGACCCCACUCAUCCUGCCCCCCCCUGACCAGCAGCAGCAGCAGCCGUCCAGGCCCCUGGGAGGCUGUGGGGGUGGAGGCUACCUGGCCCUCUACAAGCUCAACUACUCCACCUGCAUUGUCACUCUGGAGGAGGAGCCUGUCAAGGUGCAGCACAUCAGAGACCCCCGGGACGCCGUCACCUCCCUCAUCCUGCUCCCGCCAGACGUGCUGGACGGGAGGGAGGACGACAGCGAGGAGGCCUCAGAGGAGAAGCCUCAUCGAGGGCUUAAAAACGGCUCUGGCUGCGGCCAUGGGUCUGGGUGUGGGACAGGGACUGGUAGCAGCAGCACCAAGGUGAAGCAGGCGGACGUGGCCGGACUGGGCCACCUGGUGGUCACUACUCAGGCAGGGUACAUCAUGAUCCUGGACCUUUCCACUUUGGAGGUCCUGGCCAAAGUGGAGCCGCCCAAGACGGAUGGGACGGUGGACGAGAUUGACCCUUUCGUCUCUGUCACCUACUGCUCCGGGACUGACCGCCUGUGCGCUUGCACUAAAGGUGAGGACCAACCCAGAAUCUAGGGCAGGAAUGGCGUUACUUAGAUUCCCCAGGUUUUAAUGGUGCAGAUGUUUUAUUAUCAUUGUAAUAGAUCCGCCAACGCCUGGGUAAGUGUUUACUAUAUAUGAUACAACAAUGAAAAAAGAAUGCCUGCAACGCUGUGGGACAUGUGAGCCAGGCCUGGAGGUGUUCUAGGGAUGGGGGAUGGGCUACUACUAAAGUGAAUUUGUUCAGAGUCAGGUUUGUCUUUGAACAUUUGUGUGGUCUGGUCCACCAGCUGUUUUACAGUCUGUGCUGCAGGCUGGCUUUCAUCGAAAGUAGGAAAAUAAACACAAGUAGGGGUUUUAAAUAAUUUCACUAUUCGAAUAAUAUCAUGAAUUCUUGUCGGAUAUCCUGAUAUUCUAAAUAAAUAAAUACAUUUAAAGCUUGUGUUUUUAACAUGAGCACUGCUGCGCGAGAGAGAGAGGCUGGCGCUCUGUUGCUGCAGCUGUGGAGGGUCCGGUGGCUUUGAGAUGGGAGUCUGCAGACGGAGGGAGGAAGGGAGAGAGCGAUGCAGUAGCCAAGGCUUUCUCCCCAAACCCCAUUGAGAUAAAACAACACUACCUAUUGGUUGCUCGCUGAAGCCUAGUGUUGUCAUGAUUCCAGAAUUUCGAUACCAGGUUUACCAUCACGAAACUCACUACCAAAAUGAUACCACGGCAGAAAAAGAAGGCGUAUUAGCCAAAGUCACAGAAGUUCAAUAUCAUUACAUUUUACAUUUUUGUUGUCCAUUUUUCAGAGACAGCCAUGUAUGCAUUAAAUCAGCAUAUCUUGUGUUUGGUUUACAUAUUCUCACAAACGAAGUACUAGGGGAGUGAAUUGAUGUUAGCUUCAGCUGUAAGCUAGCAAGGAAAGUUAGCCUACAAAGCUGGAAGCUACCAUAAUAGACUUUGUUUUGCGGAGAGUUUCAAAAUUUCUGCAUGCCGUGUUGUAUUAUUCAAGUGUCUUAACUACUGUCCAGCAUGAGUGGGGAGCUAACAUGAUGCAGCCCAGACUCCCAGUGAGUGCAGUGGUCCCUCAGGACAGUCUAGAGCAGGAUUUCCCAACUGGUGGCCCGCGGGCCCGAAUUUUUAAAAAUUAUUAUAAUAAUUUAGACAUAAGACUGAAAACACCAGCAAAUCAGCUCCAAGUGAUUUUCAUUUAAAAAAUAUGUUCCAAAGUAUUCCCAAGCAUAAUAGAGAGAUAUUUGAUCGUAUACAAAUGUAAGCAAGGUUUGAAAUGAUUGUUUUAGUUGAAAAUAUAUAUAUUUUUGGGCUUCUUGCUGUCAAUUUGCGGUGUACAAAUUAUUUCUAGUUAUGUUCCGGCCCCCUGACCAUCUGCUCAAGAAAAAAUCGGCCCGUGGCUGAAUCUAGUUGAUGAUCCCUGGGCUAGAGCUAGAAAAGCGUGGAGCAGCCACGGUGUGUUCGAGCUAGGUGAGCUAGGGGACAUCGGCUGUGCUGAUAGACAGACUUGAUCCUCUCUCAAUCAGUAGACGAUGUGAGACACAUUUGACAGAAGUACUAGAAUUUGUUACUUUCAGUACCGAACCGUUUUUUCACGUUCUAGUAUCGAAAAAGUAUAGCUGUUUCGGUAUACUGUGCAACACUUUGUAGCCUACUCCUUCUCAUUCCGCAAUUAUUUUUUUCUCAUCAUUUUAUUACAUCUUGCAUUGCUUAUUGAACUCUCACUCCACUUGCUAUGUCAUUGAGUCACUUUGCCGCUUUGAUUGGCCAACAUAAACUACAAGCUACAUGAAGGCUACCAGUCGUCACUAGUUACCAAAUCAAAUGUAUUGGUCACAUGCGCUGAAUACAACGGGUGUAGACUUUACAGUGAAAUGCUUACUUACGAGCCCAUUCUCAACAAUGCAGAGUUAAAAAGCCAGACACAUAUUUGCUACCAAUAAAAACAAUAAUGUGCUAUAUACAAGGAGUACGAGUAGAGUCAAUGUGCAGGGGUACGAGGUAAUGCAUAAUUUAAAGUGUCAUGGUACAGUGCCUUCAGAAAGUAUUCAGACCCCUUGACUUAUUCCACAUUUUGUUGUUACAGCCUGAAUUCAAAAUGGAUUAAAUAUUUUACAUACAAUACCCUGUAAUGACAAAGUUAACAUGUUUACAUUUCUUUGCAAAUUUCUUACAUAAGUAUUCACACCCCUGAGUCAAUACUUUGUAGAAGCACCUUUGGUAGCGAUUACAGCUGUGAGUAUUUCUGGGUAAAUCUAAGAGCUUUCCACACCUGGAUUGUGCAACAUUUGCCCAAUUAUUAUUUUCAAAAUUCUUCAAACUCUGUCAAGUUGGUUGUUGAUCAUUGCUAGACAACCAUGUUCAGGUCUUGCCAUAGAUUUUCAAGUCAAUUUAAUUCACAACUGUAACUAGGCCACUCAGGAACAUUCACGAUCUUCAUGGUAGAUUUGGCCUUGUGUUUUAGGGUAUUGUCCUGCUGAAAGGUGAAUUCAACUCCCAGUGUCUGGUGGAAAGCAGACUGAACUAGGUUUUCCCCUAGGAAUUUGCCUGUGCUUAGUUCCAUUCCGUUUCUUUUUUAUCCUCAAUAACUCCCCUGUCCUUAACUAUUACAAGCAUACCCAUAACAUGAUGCAGCCACCACUAUGCUUGAAGAUAUGGAGAGUGGUAAUCAGUAAUGUGUUGGAUUGGAUUUGCCCCAAACAUAACACUUUGUUAAGGCAAAAAGUGAAUUGCUUUGCCAGAUUUCUCGCAGUAUUACUUCAGUGCCAUGUUGCAAACAGGUUGCAUGUUUUAGAAUAUUUUUGUUCUGUACAGGCUUCCUUUUCACUUUGUAAAUUACGUUAGUGUUGUGGCGUAACUACAAUGUUGUUGAUCCAUCCUAAGUUUUCUCCUAUCACAGCCAUUAAACUCUGUAGCUGUUUUAAAGUCACCGUUGUCCUCUCCGGCAACUGAGUUUUGAAGGACGCCUGUAUCUUUGUAGUGACUGGGUGUAUUGAUACACCAUCCAAAGUGUAAUUAAUAACUUUGCCAUGCUCAAAGGGAUAUUCAAUGCUGAUUUUCAUUUUUUCAUUAUUAUUUUUUUCAUCUACCAAUAUGUGCUUUCUUCUUUGUGAGUCAUUGGAAAACCUCCCUGGUCUUUGCAGUUGAAUCUGUGUUUAAAAUGCGCUGCUCAACUGAUGUACCUUACAGAUGAUUGUAUGUGUGGGUUACAGAGAUUAAGUAGUCAUAAAAAAAUGUUUAACACAAUUAUUGCACACAGAGUGAGUCCAUGCAACUUAUGUGACUUAAGCACAUUUUUACUCCUUAACUUAUUUAGGCUUGCCAUAACAAAGUGGUUGAAUAUUUAAUGACUUAAGACAUUGCAGCCUUUCAUGUUUAAUUAAUUAGGAAACAUUUUGAAAUACCACUUUGACAAUAUGGGGUAUUGUGUGUAGGCCAGUGACACAUCUAAAUGUAAUCAAUUUUAAAUUCAGGCUGUAACAACAAAAUGUGGAAAAGGUCAAGGGGUAUGAGUACUUUCUGCAGGCACUGUACAUCCUUGUAUGUAACAAUGUCACAUGGAUAUAUUAAUUUAGAAAAAGCUUUUUCAGUGUUAAAAUAGGCGUAUUGUCUCUUGCAAAAUAUUAUAUUCACACGUAUUCUAAUACCGAAGGCCGUUCUGAUAUUCUAAUAUUUGAAUAACCGCCCACAUCACUAGUUGUAAUAUGAUAAAAUAUACAUAUUUUCAAGCAGGGAUGAGCGAUUUUUAAGGGGAAUUCCAUUUCCUCUUUGGUAGAACAGUUAUUGUGAUUUAAAUUCAUUUCUGCAUAGUUGUCAUUUUAUUAUCAAGUAUUUGGAUCCAUUUAAUAUUUAGAAUGUUAGCCGUCUUACUGCGGUCAUCUAACCCCCCCUCCCUUCUAGGUGGAGAACUUCAUUUCCUUCAAAUUGGAGGUGUGUGUGACGAUAUAGAUGACGGCGACAUUUUUGUCGAUGGCCCCCUUUCUAAAGGGGCUGAACAGCUGUUGGAGGGGACAAAGCCCUCCUCCAACCCCUCAAGCCCAGGGAUCACAGGUAGGAGACACAGACCCCUUUACCCUUCACAUCUCUGCUGCUUCUCUGUUCAUUCAAUGACUGUGUGCAGCCCUGUUGCCUCAUUUCACCAUUGCUGACUAUGAACACCUAUGAAAUAAAUGUAAUGGGUAUUGAGAACUGACUAGUCAUUGCUUAUUGGAACCCUCUUUCCAGUGAAAUCAUAUGCUGAUUGACAGCAUUAUACUGUCCAGACUGUGGAAAAAGCAACAAUACAUUUUCCAGUUUCAUAAGUUCUUUACAUCGCUGUGGCCUCCUUUUUAAAAAAUCUGCCAACCUCCUCUCCCGGUAAGGAGUUGACCUCCUGGUGGACCAAGCGUUGGCUGUGGAGAGCCUAACGUCGCUGGUGGAGCUGACGCGCUUCGAAACACUGACGCCGCGCUUCUCAGCCACAGUGCCGCCCUGCUGGGUGGAGGUGCAGCAGGAGCAGCAGCAGCGUCGCCACCCCCAGCACUUGCACCAGCAGCACCAUGGAGACGCCGCCCAGCAUACACGCACCUGGAAGCUGCAGAGUGACAGGUACGGACGUGUGGGUGUGACUGGGUGGGUAUGGGUGUGAGUAGAAUCCUUAUGGGGGUGUGUGUAGUCGGUGAGGCAUUUCUUGUAAGUCUAUCCGCAAACGUCACACUAUUAAUACAUAAACAAUCACAAUGACUACAUUUGGAAUAGACACACACACACACACACACACACACACACACACACACACACACACACACAUUUAUAAAUUCCUAAUUGAGGAGCACACCUACAUGUUCCUUUUUAACUUGUAUGAUAAUCUCACAAGCUCCUAUAACAAUUAAAAAAAGUAGCCUAGGAUGUCUUGAUUUGAGAAAGUAUUUGAGUAGGGGAAUAAUGCGGCCAUGCUUUCUUUGUUGUUUGUAGCUCCAGCUGGGACGAGCAUGUGUUUGAACUGGUCCUUCCCAAGGCCUGCAUGGUGGGCCACGUGGACUUCAAGUUCGUCAUGAAUGCCAACAUCACUAACAUUCCUCAGAUCCAGAUCACCCUGCUGAAGAACAAGGCCCCAGGUCUGGGCAAGGUCAACGGUAAGGUCACUCACCUAUCUCUAUGUUGCCUUGGAAAAUUGUUUAAAUAUAGUAUCUGGAACAUAGACUAUGCAGGACUCCGGACUAACAUUUUCACCUGGUGGCACUGGUGCCACAAACCUUUUCAGUCUAUUCUAUCUAUAUUUUUAUGAUUUCAAUAAAUGUCCUAUGUUCCUAUUCACAUUCAAGUCAACAGUCUCUAUGUGGACCUCCAACCAUCUUUGUGGUACCAUUUUGAAAGUUGACAUUUUAUUCCCGUUUUAGUGUAUUUAUCAACCAAAAUAUGACACCCACCCUGUAUUCAAGAGCAUGUCGUCUCAACCAAUGGCGGGCACAACACUAAAACCUCAGAUGUAAAAUAGUCUAAGCUACAACAUAUUUGCCUGACGACUCAAGCUGAAUUCUUCCGCUGCUCUAUGUUCGCUACAUACUUCAGUCUGAGACUGCAAUCGUUGAUGUCGUUUGUGGUGACAUGAAAAUGAGGGUUGUUGUACAGAACAAAGUCAUCAGCGUUUGUGUAAUCUCUAACCAAUCAGAGUAUCAUGAUGAAUUUUCAAAGCGCCGCUGUAGACACGUGUGUUCCUGCUCUGGCCCAACCCAUGGGUUUCUGGGACCAAUCAGUACCAGGAUCCAGACUCAUUGCGGAGAAGAAACUAAAGUCCGUGGGGUGGCGUUGUGUUUGGCCGGAGCAUGGAUUUUGGGUAGCCAGGCAAACGACAUAUGGGAAUAUGGAAAAAAUUGGCGUUUACGCGUUUUUAGAUAACUGACCUUUUAAGGAAAAACAUAUUAAAUAAAAAAAAAAAAUUUUUUUUUAAAAAUAAAUUAUAAAAUAGUUUGACAACCCUGUUUGUUGUAAGCUUUUAAGUGAUAUCAAUCGCAAGUGUAUAUUUUUCCAGUGAUGAAGACAUGGAUGUCUUAUAGUAUGGUGGAGUAUGCAAAAUAGGUCAACUUUGAGCAUCUUUAUCUCUUGAAUGUUUUGACAUUCAGGUCCAAAAAGUCAAUUUCUGAGCACUUCUACAAUGGGCAAAUACUGUAUGUAUGUUAGGUUUUGUUCAAAUCAAAAGGGGUGCUGUCAAAAAGUGAUUUAAUUCAAACUCCCAAGUGGCGCAGUGGUCUAAGGCACUGCAUCGCAGUGCUAGCUGUGCCACUAGAGAUCCUGGUUCGAGUCCAGGCUCUGUCGCAGCCGGCCGCAACUGGGAGACCCAUGGGCGGCGCACAAUUGGUCCAGCGUAGGGGAGGGUUUGGCCGGCAGGGAUGUGGGUUCGUUUCCCACGGGGGGCCAGUAUGAAUUAUUAUUAUUUUUAAAUACAUGUAUGCAUUCACUAACUGUAAGUUGCUCUGGAUAAGAGCGUCUGCUAAAUGACUUAAAUGUAAAUGGAUUACCCUAUAGGCCCAAUUAAAUUGGUGCUAAUUCACCACCUGACGAAGUGGGACGCGAAACAAAAUAUAUACCUACAGAUAUCUGAGACCCACCUCUCUUUAGUACCGGUACUUGCUUUCAAAUAGGGCUAUACUAUAGGGGCAAAAAAUCUAAUUGGGUUUAUUUCAACCAAAUAUUGCGAUUUGCUAUUUGACUUGCGAUAAAGAUCACAACACUUGGGUGAACUGUUGGAAUGAUAGAAAUAUAUAUAAUUAUUAUUCAAAUUCUAUGGUUGGUGUUUGCCAUGACAACAAAUUAAAAAGCCAGGUAGUAUUUAUGACAGGGUAGAAAUCAAAUUGUUGGUCAGUGUUUUCCAGGGGACCCUAAUUACAUUAGAAUAGAUGUUAAUUUUAUACAAAGAUUUUAGAAUAUAGGCUCUCUUGAUUCAGAACAUACUGUUGCACAAACAACAUGCUGAUCUAGCAACCUGUAUUAGAGUUAACUUUUUCUUUGCCCAACUCAGUGCAUUAGCUAAAUGGCAUUUAGCUAGCUAGCCAGCAACGUGGAUGCAGCGUCGUUCUUGUUUUGAGCAGCCAGCACAGCGGCAGGGCAGACACUUUCAUUACAGGAAUCAUGACAAUAAUGCACUUUGCUGUUUGACAGAUUCAUGGUUUUAUUCGCCCCAAAAUAUGACGUUUUGACUGAGGUGACAGGUAGAAUGUGCAAUUCGCACCAGUGCGACAAUAACAUUUUUAACUCGCACAGUCAAGUCAAAGGGUCGCAGUCUGGAGACCUGCUAUGAAGAGGACUGGCUGCCAUAGAUAACCAGCCUUUUUGCAGGGAAAUAUUGAUCAUAUAAUUUAUGAUCAUGCAUGACGGAUCUUAUUUGUAGAUGUCCAUAUUUGCUUCUGCUGCCUACUGUCUCAAUUAGUUUUUAUUUCCUUUUCUCUCCAGAGACGGCAGUUGACAGACAGAUCUCCUUCCCCCUGUCCAAUGUCCUCCAUGCCAAUGGGGAGAGGAAUGGACAGCCACUUUUGCACGACUUUACAGACGACAUCCAGUUCAUGGACAUCGACGAGACAUCAGGUAGAAAGCUGCAUGGAAAGGCAGCCAGGGUUGAUAGACACAGUCAGUGUUUGACACAUGAUUAUUGUGGAUUGGGUUGCCAGAUUGUAGAUUAGUGUUACUGGUGGUUCUGUGGGUAAAGCAGCAAUCCGAGGGGUUCCUCAGCCCAGCAGAGUUUUUAUCACAUUGCUCUUCCCUUUCCAGGCUCCAGGCUGUGCACCUUCCUAGAGGACCAUAAGGAGGAUAUCCUGUGUGGUCCCGUGUGGUUGGCCAGUGGACUGGACCUCUCAGGCCACGCUGGGAUGCUGAGCCUCACCAGCCCCAAGCUGGUCAAAGGUAACAAUAUCUGCAAACUUUUACAUUGAGUCACGUUGAAGAAAUCUUACCUUGGCCAUUUUUGUCCCUCCGAUUUGUGUCCUCCCAACCUUUUCUUGGAGAGCAAAAGAUUAUCUCCAUGCCGCUGCUCUGAAUCAUCUCCCCCUGUCUAUGUACGUAUUGUAUGUUAGAGGUUUUCAGUGUGGUUUCUGCUGGUUUGUCCCAAUCCCUGCAGGCAUGGCUGGGGGAAAGUACCGCUCGUUCCUGGUGCACAUCAAGGCGGUGAGCGACAAGGGCAUGGAGGAGAGCCCCAGGCCUGUGGUGAGGAUGCCCGCUGCCAAGCCCCAGAGCAGCAAGGGCCAUUCCCUCUCCAACCUGCUGCAGAGGGCACAGGCCACCAAGGUACAGAGGGCAAAGCAUUGGAAAACAAAUUCAAUUUUGCAUCAAAGUUUUUUAUUUCAGGAGUCCUUCUCUGCUGCACACAUGAGGCAUUCUUGACUGAUUGUGCAGUUGUGUAAGUUGAGUGCAUGGAAGGCCUUGAUUGGAGUGUCCUCCUUUGUCUCCAUCUGGUGGCAGUAUAGUGCUAUUGCCAGGUUCUCAGUGAGAAGUUGGUGUCAAAUUGCUUGGAUGUGGCUUCCUCAUACCAGCAACGUCCCAUUCUUGAAGGAGGACAUUUUCUCUCUGUUAGUUUACAGCUCUAGAAUUUCAAAAUAUCCCUCUUUGUACCUCUCUGAUGUAACACUGUACUGUUAUCUGUUUUUAAAAUUGCUGUCUCUCCCGUUUAGGAAAAGGCCUCCACUUCCAAAGCAGAUUCUCCAGCUCAGUCGAAGAAACAUGACAACCUCCGCGGCUGCGACCUGCUCCAGGAGGUGUCCGUCACAAUCAGAAGGUUUAAGAAGACCUCCAUACCCAAAGAAAGGUGAAGGCUUUAGUACCGUUGUUUCACAAAAAACACAGAACUAUUGUAAAAUCCCAACACCUUAAUAAAAUGCAUUAUUUCCUCACCUUACACUGUAUAUUGAGAACUGACAUGCGUUUUGUUACUUUAAUACUCGUUAUAUCAUAGUAGUAAAACAUAACUAACUGAAUUGUCUGUAUGUUGCUCCUCUGUCUAUUCCAGAGUCCAGCGCUGUGCCAUGCUGCAGUUCCCAGAUUUCCAUGAGAAGCUGUUGAACGGGUUGUGUAAGCGGGCGGACGAGGGCCCUGGCACAGAGCACUCCCAGAGCCUCAUCUUGGACUGCCUCUGCUGGCUGGCUGGAGUGUACUCCAAUGGACCCUGCAGGUGGGCCUAAGAGGAUGAAAGUGGGAUUCAAGAGGAUGAGAUAUUCAUAGGGAUAAAGAGAUCUCGCUACUCUAUACAUGCAGUAAAGAGAUCAAUGGAAUUAGACCAGAACAGUGGAAACGCCACGCGGGGGAAAGAUCCAGAACCUCUUCAUUGCCACCCAUCAAAAUUACCCUACUUUUAGGCUGGUUAUAUGUGUAUUUUACACUGUUCGAGUACAAAUCGGAGUAUAAUGCUUGUAUGGAUGCCAACCCCAAUAGUUAAUGUCGUUGUCACCAAUCAACUGCAUUACACUUAAAAACUGCUUCAACUACCACCACCGAUUUCUAUAUGGCUAGCUAUUUUACAUGUACAUUUUAGUCAUUUAGCAGACGCUCUUAUCCAGAGCGACUUACAGAUAGUGAGUGCAUACAUUUUUCAUACUAUGCUAUGCAACCAGCUUGUACGGAAAGGCGUAAGCGUUUAGCUGUAAUCUUUUCUAAACCCGAAAAGGACAACUUCUAAAUAUUAUGCAGCGAAAACAGCCAAAUAUAUCCAAAUUGGAUUUUAGGAACCACAUUGUGGGCAUGUUAACACACAAAUCAUGUCGGAUUUGACGAAUAUCCACUUUAAUAGAUCAGAUUUUUUGAACGCCCGCCAAUGACAGCAUCCAUGGUCUGCGUUCCAUUUGUACUUUACCUUGUUUAUAUGGCUCUGAGAUUAGAUAUUACUGUACUGUUUUUGGUCACAUUAUGUAUCUCAACAUUUUCGCUAGGGAUGUGACAAAUGGACAAUUUAAACAGCCAUUUUUUUUUAUUGGUUUUCCGAAGCAAAAAACAACAAAUAUACAUUUCCAUGUGAACUCACAAUGCAGCUGUUGCCAGCAAUGGUUUGGGUCUCACAGUGAGUCCCUUUCAGAUGGUUAACUAUUGCCCCUGUACUACCAUUACUGUACUUCAAUUCCUAAGAUUGUUUUUUUGGAAAGGAGGAGACUGAUUAGUUGCGUACUUCCGAGAACACAAACACUUGCGUCUUUCAUAGCGAGCUAGCAAGGGACAGGGAGAGAGGGGAGGGGCACAGUAUAGGCAGUUCGGCCACCAGGCAGACAGUCAGAACCCUGCACUAGGCUUAUCUAUUGGUAAUGAAAAGCUGUAUCUCGCAAUGGAAUGCUGUGUCUCGUGAUUUUUUUGGUUUGCAAUGUCUCAAUGGUAAGGCUAGGAUAUUCUACAUGCAACAAACCGAAGGCUGAAUACACACUGGCAUCAUUAGCGAAGAGAAAGAGCAUGCAGCCCAGUAUGAGGGAGAGAGAAGAGGGGGAGGCAGAACCGUGCACAUCUGUCUUGGUAAUCUGUAUCUCGCAAUGUCUUGUCUUGCAUGCCUCCUCGCAAAUUCACCAAAGUAGCCUAAAGUUUGCCUCUUCCUCUCUGGUUGUAUUUAAAUGACACAAAUUUCCCCAGGCCUUUAUAGCCUAUCGUCUAGUUAGGCAAUAACGGCAAAGAAUAUGUUUUGUAAUAACUGUGAUUUAAAUUGUGGGGGGGGGGACAAGGGAUUUUUUGUUAACGUUCACAAUUUCACAUCGCUAAUUUCCACACAGUGUAGUGUGUUUAUUACUAUGAACAUGUUGGUUCUUUUCCUUCCAGCCUGAGAGAAGGAAAGGAGGCUCUGCUGAUGAAAACGAGGAAACGGCUGACCGACAUUGUGCGGGUGUGCUUUUUUGAGGCUGGACGGAGUAUAGCCCACAAAUGCGCCCGCUUUCUUGCACUUUGUAUUAGGUGAGUUGGACUUUUCAUGGAUGUUGUGACAUCAUUUUGUGACCCAUACUCUGUCAUACUCCUUGUUGAUGAUUGUGUGAUGCAGUAGGUGUGUACAUUUGUAACUUGUUUUUGUCUGUUACGUCGUCAGUAAUGGAAAAGGGGAACCCAGUCAGCAGGGCUUUGGCAUGGGUCUCCUGAAUGCUCUGCUGGACAAUAUGCCUUACUUGCCUGCAGCAGCAACAGGUGGUAAGUAGAAAUAAUGUUUUUCCUGAUGUCAUGGUUGUGUUAUCUUUGAGCAUGGGUAGAAGGCUACUGCAUUGUCAGCAGCAUUGUUUUGGAAGUGCAUGGUUUUGCAAGGCAGUGGCAUGUGUUUAAGUCUCUUUCUCCGUCUCUCUCUCUCGCUCUCUCUCAGGGUCGGUGUUCUGGUACUUUGUGCUGCUGAACUAUGUGAAGGAUGAGGACCUGGCGGGCUGCAGCACGGCCUGUGCCUCUCUGCUCACCGCCGUCUCCCUGCAACUGCAGGACCGCCUAACGCCCUUGGAGGCUUUGCUACAGACCAGGUGGGCCUUUUCACCCUCUAGUAUCCUUAAACCCCAAUCAGGUCCUAAAGAAACCAAAAAGCACUGACUGUAAUGUUAGUGUUGAACCCAGCUUGUCUCUUUGUGUAUUGUAACGCUCUGUACCGUGUCUCCUCCCCAGAUACGGCCUGUACAGCUCCCCAUUCGACCCAGUGCUUUUUGACCUGGAGGUCAGCGGCUCCUCCUGUAAGAAUGCCUUCAACAGCAGCAUCGGCAUCCAGUCUGACGAGAUUGACCUUUCCGAAAUUCUCUCAGGUCUGUACCACAUUCCACCAUAUUGCUUACACCUAUCCAAUCCCUUCAUCAAUGGGUUAAUGUUGGUCUGGGCUGUACUCUGGUGUGUGUGACCUAACCUGUGUGUGUGUGUGUGUGCCUGUCGCAGGGAACGGCAAGGUAAGCAGCUGUGCGGCAGCCGAGGGUAGCUUCACGGCCCUCACUGGGCUCCUGGAGGUGGAGCCGCUGCACUUUACCUGUAUCUCUACCAGCGAUGGCACCAGGGUGGAGAGGGACGACGCAAGCAUGUUCACAGGUACCUACCUCACCUGCUUUUUUCAACUUUUGGAAAGAUUUAUUCAGACCCUUUGUGAAACGGAAUAUUAAAAAUGGCCAUCUUCACAAUUCCUACUCAGAGAUUUUGAUUCAUACUCCUGACCUUUGCCCUCUUCUCCCAGUGAGCACGUUCGGGGUGACCCCGGCGGUGGGUGGCCUGUCGGCGGGCACGGUGGGCGAGGCGUCCACGGCGCUAAGCUCUGCAGCCCAGGUGGCUCUGCAGUCGCUGUCCCACGCCAUGGUGUCUGCAGAGCAGCAGCUGCAGGUGCUCCAGGAGAAACAACAGCAGCUGCUCAAACUACAGCAACAGGUCAGGGACUCUAGCACCCAUACAGGCACAUUUGCAUGCAGACAUGUCCCUACACAUGUAUUCACACCCAUACACUUGGACAAAGGCACAGGCAUACACUCAUGUACUCUCACAGGUGCAUAUACAUGCGUCUUCUUAUCCAAGCACUCACUAUAUGCACAAACACCAAUAUCUUAUGUCAGACUUCAUGUAUCAGUGUGAUAUUUGCCAGUUUUAGCCGAGUAGUAAUCCUGUCUGUUCGGAACAGAAGGCCAAGCUGGAGGCAAAGUUGCAUCAGACCACUUCAGCAGCUGCAGCCUCCGGCGUGGGACCCAUCCACAACUCUGUGCCUUCCAGCACCCCUGGCUUCUUCAUCCACCCCUCUGAAGUCAUCCCCCCCACGCCCAAGACCACCCCGCUGUUCAUGACGCCACCCCUCACUCCACCCAACGAGGCGGUGUCGGCAGCCAUUAGUGUGGAGCUGGCCCAGCUCUUCCCUGGCUCCAUGAUGGACCCACCGCCUGUCAACCUGGCUGCACACAACAAGAACAGCCAGAAAGCCAAGCCGGUCAGUCACAUACUCUUGGGCUGCAGGUAGCUUAGAGGUUAAGAGCAUUGGGCCAGUAACCGAAAGGUCGCGUCUGCUAAAUUACUAAAAUGUAAAAUGGCAAUAGCUCAUAGCACAGCAGUUAGGUUUGGGCUUUUACAUGAUCAUCAAGGGACUUUUGUUACAUUUUGUCACAUAAUAAAAUAUUUCAAAUAAGAAGUUUAUAUUCUAUAUGUUUUGACUGGAAAGCAUCUGUUUGUUGCAGAACCCCAUGGGCAGCGGUCUGGCAUUGGCCCUCUCUCAAGCCUCUCACUUCCUCCAGCCUCCUCCACAGCAGUCCAUCAUCAUCGAGCGCAUGCACUCUGGUAAGUACAGUUACCUUUUGUGCCUCUUUACCUGGGUUAACAGUUGUAAAUGAAACUCGAUCAUAUACACUACAUUACCUAAAGUAUGUGGACACCUGCUUGUCGGACAUCUCAUUCCAAAAUCAUGGGCAUUAAUAUGGAGUUGGACCCCCCUUUACCUCCACUCUUCUGGGAAGGCUUUCCACUAGAUGUUGGAACAUUGCUGCGAGAACUUGCUUCCAUUCAGCCACGAGCGUUAGUGAGGUCAGGCACUGAUGUUGAGCGAUUAGGCCUGGCUCGCAGUCGGCGUUACAAUUCAUCCCAAAGGUGUUUGAUGGGGUUGAGGUCAGGGCUCUGUGCAGGCCAGUCAAGUUCUUACACACUGAUCUCGACAAACCAUUGCUGUAUGGACCUCGCUUUGUGCAUGGGGGCAUUGUCAUGCUGAAAAAGGAAAGGGCCUUCCCCAAACUGUUGCCACGAAGUUGGAAGCACAGAAUCGUCUAGAAUGUAAUUGUAUGCUGUAGGAUUAAGAUUUCCCUUCACUGGAACUAAGGGGCCUAGCCCAAACCUUGAAAAACAGCCCCAGACCAUUAUUCCUCCUCCACCAAACUUCAGUUGGCACUAUGCAUUGGGGCACGUUUUGUUCUCCUGGCAUUCGCCAAAUCCAGAUUAGUCCGUCGGACUGCCAGAUGGUGAAGCGUGAUUCAUCACUCCAGAGAACACAUUUCCACUGCUCCAGAGUCCAAUGGCGGCGAGCUUUACACCACUCCAGCCGACGCUUGGCAUUGCACAUUGGUUAUCUUAGGCUUGUGUGCGGCUGCUUUGCCAUGGAAACCCAUUUCAUGAAGCUCCCGACAAACAGUUAUUGUGCUGACGUUGCUUCCAGAGGCAGUUUGGAACUCGGUAGUUAGUGUUGCAACCGAGGACAGACUAUUGUUACGCGCAUCUGCACUCGCUAGUCCCGUUCUGUGAGCUUGUGUGGCCUACCACUUUGCGGUUGAGCCGUUGUUGCUUUUAGACAUUUCCACUUCACAAUAACAGCACUUACAGUUGACCAGGGCAGCUCUAGCAGGGCAGAAAUGUGACGAACUGACUUGUUGGUAAAGUGGCAUCCUAUGACGGUGCCAUGUUGAAAGUCACUGAGCUCUUCAGUACGGGCCAUUCUACUGCCAAUGUUUGGCUAUGGAGAUUGCAUGGCUGUGUGCUCGAUUUUAUACACCUGUCAGCAAUGGGUGUAGCUGAAAUAGCCGAAUCCACAAAUAUUAAGAGGUGUCCACAUACUUUUGUGUGUGUGUGUGUAUGUAUGUGAUAUAUAUAUAUAUAUAUAUAUAUAUAUAUAUAUAUAUAUAUAUAUAUAUAUAUAGUACCUACUCAUUCAAGGGUUUUUCUUUAUUUUUACUAUUUUCUACAUUGCAGAAUAAUAAUGAAGACAUCAAAACUAUGAAAUAACACAUAUGGAAUCAUUUAGUACCCUUGAAUGAAUGGUAGUGUAUAUAAACUCAGCAAAUAAAGAAACGUCCUCUCACUGUCAAAUGCGUUUAUUUUCAGCAAACUUAACAUUUGUAAAUAUUUGUAUGAACAGAACAAGAUUCAACACUGAGACAUAAACUGAACAAGUUCCACAGACAUGUGACUAACAGAAAUGGAAUAAUGUGUCCCUGAACAAAGUGGGGGUCAAAAUCAAAAGUAACAGUCAGUAUCUGGUGUGGCCACCAGCUGCAUUAAGUACUGCAGUGCAUCUCCUCCUCAUGGACUGCACCAGAUUUGCCAGUUCUUGCUGUGAGAAGUUACCCCACUCUUCCACCAAGGCACCUGCAAGUUUCCGGACAUUUCUUGGGGGAAUGGCCCUAGCCCUCAUCCUCCGAUCCAACAGGUCCCAGACGUGCUCAAUGGUAUUGAGAUCCGGGCUCGUCGCUGGCCAUGGCAGAACACUGACAUUCCUGUCUUGCAGGAAAUCACGCACAGAACGAGCAGUAUGGCUGGUGGCAUUGUCAUGCUGGAGGGUCAUGUCAGGAUGAGCCUGCAGGAAGGGUACCACAUGAGGGAGGAGGAUGUCUUCCCUGUAACGCACACCGUUGAGAUUGCCUGCAAUAAUGACAAGCUCAGUCCGAUGAUGCUGUGACACACCGCCCCAGACCAUGACAGACCCUUCACCUCCAAAUCGAUCCCGCUCCAGAGUACAGGCCUCUGUGUAACGCUCAUUCCUUCGACGAUAAACGCGAAUCCGACCAUCACCCCUGGUGAGACAAAACCGCAACUUGUCAGUGAAGAGCACUUUUUGCCAGUACUGUCUGGUCCAGCGAUGGUGGGUUUGUGCCCAUAGGCGGCGUUGUUGCCGGUGAUGUCUGGUGAGGACCUGCCUUACAACAGGUCUAGAAGCCCUCAGUCCAGCCUCUCUCAGCCUAUUGCGGACAGUCUGAGCACUGAUGGAGGGAUUGUGCGUUCCUGGUGUAACUCGGGCAGUUUUUGUUGCCAUCUUGUACCUGUCCCGCAGGUGUGUUGUUCGGAUGUACUGAUCCUGUGCAGGUGUUGUUACACGUGGUCUGCCACUGCGAGGAUGAUCAGCUGUCCGUCCUGUCUCCCUGUAGCGCUGUCUUAGGCGUCUCACAGUAUGGACAUUGCAAUUUAUUGCCCUGGCCACAUCUGCAGUCCUCAUGCCUCCUUGCAGCAUGCCUAAGGCACGUUCACGGAGAUGAGCAGGGAUCCUGGGCAUCUUUCUUUUGGUGUUUUUCAGAGUCAGUAGAAAGGCCUCUUUAGUGUCCUGAGUUUCCAGAACUGUGACCUUAAUUGCCUACCGUCUGUAAGCUGUUAGUGUCUUAAUGACCGUUCCACAGGUGCAUGUUCAUUUAAUUGUUUAUGGUUCAUUGAACAAGUAUGGGAAACUGUGUUUAAACCCUUUACAAUGAAGAUCUGUGAAGUUAUUUGGAUCUUUACGAAUUAUCUUUGAAAGACAGGGUCCUGUAAAAGGGACGUUUCUUUUUUUGCUGAGUUUAUAUCUCAUGAGUAGUGCCCUUUAUGACAAAUAGGGAUCCAUUUGAGAUGUAGCCAAGUUGUUUUGGUAAGCUCUUGUGUGACCUAAAUAUCUCCCCUCUUGUCCCAGGAGCGCGGAGGUUUGUGACGCUGGACUUCGGUCGUCCCGUGCUGCUGACAGACGCUCUGAUCCCCACCUGUGGGGACCUGGCCUCUCUGUCCAUCGACAUCUGGACGCUGGGGGAGGAGGUGGACGGACGCAGGCUAGUGGUUGCCACGGACAUCAGCACCCACUCCCUCAUCCUGCACGACCUUCUGCCGCCCCCUGUCUGCCGCUUCAUGAAGGUCAGUGCCUUUGGUGCAUUAUCUCUGAAGAUCUUUGUCAAUUUCUCUUCUAUUCUCUCCCCUUCCAAUUCACAAGGUAGAAUAAGUAUCUGAACUCUAAGGGCACCGAAGAAAAAUUGCAGCGUUAUAUAUAUUUUUCUCAGUGAGCAUUCUGUGAUAAUCACUGUGCUCCACACAACCAUUUUCCUACAACCUUAACCCCCUUUUCGCCAUCCCUCCCACUUCACCCAACAGAUCACUGUGAUUGGUCGUUAUGGCAGCACCAACGCCCGGGCCAAGAUCCCCUUGGGCUUCUACUACGGCCACACCUACAUCCUGCCCUGGGAGAGCGAGCUGAAGCUGAUGCACGACCCCUUAAGGGGAGAGAGUGAGGCGGCCAGCCAGCCUGACGUGGACCAGCACUUGGCCAUGAUGGUGGCCCUGCAGGAGGACAUCCAGUGCAGGUCAGAGGACAUACCAAACUAUUCAACCAGUUAGCUAACUCUGAUUAGGGUGACAUGGAGCAGGUCAAGUUUUAUGAGAUGUAUUUUUAUACAGUAUCUGCUAGACAGUAGUCCCAGUUGUCCACAAUCAUUGUCAACAAUGGAGAUGCACUAAAGCUUUGUGGAAAUAGGAUGCACAUUAGACUCCUACAUCUUUCUUGCGCUCGCUCUCUCCCCCUCUCUUAGGUACAACCUGGCGUGCCAUCGGCUGGAGACCUUACUCCAGAACAUCGACCUGCCUCCACUCAACAGUGCCAACAACGCACAGUACUUCCUGCGGAAGCCCGACAAGGCGGUGGAGGAGGACUCGCGCGUCUUCUCGGCCUAUCAGGACUGUAUCCAGCUGCAGCUGCAACUCAACCUGGCCCACCACGCCGUCCAGAGGCUCCGCGUGUCCCUGGGAGCCGGGCGCAAGGUCCUGCCUGAGGCCUACGACCCCCGGGAGCUCAUCCACAACUCAUCCACAGAGCAGCUGAGAACCAUCAUCCGCUACCUGCUGGACACACUACUCAGCCUUCUGCACUCUAACAACGGUGAGAUAUCUGGGGAGGGCCACAGGGUCUGUAUCAGGGAUGGCAUCUACUUUUCUGACUGUGUCCCAUAUUCAUACAUCUUUAAAGUUGGCCUAGCUUCAAACCAAUAUCCUCCUUUACCUGAUUGUCUGUUGUCCUAACAACAUCCCUAGGAGACAUUGGUAGUGUCCAUCUGUAUGCAUGUCUGAUCUGCUUGGGGAGUCACACCUCCUCAAUACAUGUAUUUUCCCCUUCUUGCAUAAGCCUAAAGCAUUGUUGUACCUCAAUAGCCAUGUUUGAGGCAUGAAAAUCUUUCAAGCCACGAGAAUUUUAGGAAUACAUUAUUUGCAGCUUUUAGCUUUCUCUGCUCUCACUUGCCUUUAAAUGAAAUAGCCUACAUAUUUAAUGUUUUGAAAAAGAUGCCAAAUACUCACUUUUCAAAGUUGUUCAAAGUUAACCGAAAGCCCAUGGUACUGUGAAGUGUGCUUAGCAAUCUCCUUCUCUCACCCAUCAAAUCACUACUGAUGCUCCCUAGCUGCUCGUCAUACAGUUUCACCAGUCUCCUCUUAUGAAAGAGAAUAAUGUAUUACCCACUUGCUGCUGGUGUUACCUGGCUUUAUGCCUGCUCUGUCUCUGUUACCCCAAUGAAUUCCAUAUACCCGGGGGGGUAGAAGGAUUACUUUAUCCUAUCCCAGGUAUUCCUUAAAGAGGUGGGGUUUCAAAUGUCUCCGGAAGGUGGUGAGUGACUCCGCUGUCCUGGCGUCGUGAGGGAGCUUGUUCCACCAUUGGGGUGCCAGAGCAGCGAACAGUUUUGACUGGGCUGAGCGGGAACUAUGCUUCCGCAGAGGAAGGGGAGCCAGCAGGCCAGAGGUGGAUGAACGCAAUGCCCUCGUUUGGGUGUAGGGACUGAUCAGAGCCUGAAGGUACGGAGGUGCCGUUCCCCUCACUGCUCCAUAGGCAAGCACCAUGGUCUUGUAACGGAUGCGAGCUUCAACUGGAAGCCAGUGGAGUGUGCGGAGGAGGGGGGUGACGUGAGAGAACUUGGGAAGGUUGAACACCAGACGGGCUGCGGCAUUCUGGAUGAGUUGUAGGGGUUUAAUGGCACAGGCAGGGAGCCCAGCCAACAGCGAGUUGCAGUAAUCCAGACGGGAGAUGACAAGUGCCUGGAUUAGGACCUGUGCCGCUUCCUGUGUAAGGCAGGGUCGUACUCUCCGAAUGUUGUAGAGCAUGAACCUGCAGGAUCGGGUCACCGCCUUGAUGUUAGCGGAGAAUGACAGGGUGUUGUCCAGGGUCACGCCAAGGCUCUUCGCACUCUGGGAGGAGGACACAACGGAGUUGUCAACCGUGAUGGCGAGAUCAUGGAACGGGCAGUCCUUCCCCGGGAGGAAGAGCAGCUCCGUCUUGCCAGGGUUCAGCUUGAGGUGGUGAUCCGUCAUCCAUACUGAUAUGUCUGCCAGACAUGCAGAGAUGCGAUUCGCCACCUGGUUAUCAGAAGGGGGAAAGGAGAAGAUUAGUUGUGUAUCGUCAGCGUAGCAAUGAUAGGAGAGGCCAUGUGAGGAUAUGACAGAGCCAAGUGACUUGGUGUAUAGGGAGAAAAGGAGAGGGCCUAGAACUGAGCCCUGGGGGACACCAGUGGUGAGAGCACGUGGUGCGGAGACAGCUUCUCGCCACGCCACUUGGUAGGAGCGACCGGUCAGGUAGGACGCAAUCCAGGAGUGAGCCGCGCCGGAGAUGCCCAGCUCGGAGAGGGUGGAGAGGAGGAUCUGAUGGUUCACAGUAUCAAAGGCAGCAGACAGGUCUAGAAGGACAAGAGCAGAGGAGAGAGAGUUAGCUUUAGCAGUGCGGAGAGCCUCCGUGACACAGAGAAGAGCAGUCUCAGUUGAAUGACCAGUCCUGAAACCUGACUGGUUUGGAUCAAGAAGGUCAUUCUGAGAGAGAUAGCAAGAGAGUUGGCUAAAGACGGCACGCUCAAUAGUUUUGGAAAGAAAAGAAAGAAGGGAUACUGGUCUGUAGUUGUUGACAUCAGUUGGAUCGAGUGUUGGUUUUUUGAGAAGGGGUGCAACUCUCGCUCUCUUGAAGACGGAAGGGACAUAGCCAGUGGUCAAGGAUGAGUUGAUCAGCGAGGUGAGGUAGGGGAGAAGGUCACCGGAGAUGGUCUGGAGAAGAGAGGAGGGGAUGGGGUCAAGCGGGCAGGUUGUUGGGCGGCCUGCAGUCACUAGUCGCAAGAUUUUAUCUGGAGAGAGAGUGGAGAAAGAAGUCAAAGAAUAGGGUAGGGCAGUGUGAGCAGGACCAGCAGUGUCAUUAGACUUAACAAACGAGGAUCGGAUGUCGUCAACCUUCUUUUCAAAGUGGUUGACGAAGUCAUCCACAGAGAGGGAGGGGGGGGGGGGGGGGGGAGGAUUCAGCAGUGAGGAGAAUGUGGCAAAGAGCUUCCUAGGGUUAGAGGCAGAUGCUUGGAAUUUAGAGUGGUAGAAAGUGGCCUUAGCAGCAGAAACAGAUGAAGAAAAUGUAGAGAGGAGGGAGUGAAAAGAUGCCAGGUCGGCAGGGAGUUUAGUUUUCUUCCAUUUCCGCUCAGCUGCCCGGAGCUCUGUUCUGUGAGCUCGCAAUGAGUCAUCAAGCCACGGAGCUGGAGGGGAGGACCGAGCCGGCCGGGAGGAUAGGGGACACAGGGAGUCAAAGGAUGCAAAAAGGGAGGAGAGGAGGGUUGAGGAGGCAGAAUCAGGAGAUUAGAGGGAGAAGGAUUGAGCAGAGGGAAGAGAUGAUAGGAUGGAAGAGGAGAGAGUAGUGGGAGAGAGAGAGCGAAGGUUGCGGCGGCGCAUUACCAUCUGUGUAGGGGCAGAGUGAGUAGUGUUGGAGGAGAGCGAGAGAGAAAAGGAUACAAAGUAGUGGUCGGAGACAUGGAGGGGAGUUGCAGUGAGAUUAGUAGAAGAGCAACAUCUAGUAAAGACGAAGUCAAGCGUAUUGCCUGCCUUGUGAGUAGGGGGGGACGGUGAGAGGGUAAGGUCAAAAGAGGAGAGGAGUGGAAAGGAGGAGGCAGAGAGAAAUGAGUCAAAUGUAGACGUAGGGAGGUUGAAAUCCCCCAAAACUGUGAAGGGUGAGCCAUCCUCAGGAAAGGAACUUAUGAAGGCGUCAAGCUCAUUGAUGAACUCUCCAAGGGAACCUGGAUGGCGAUAGAUGACAAGGAUAUUAAGCUUAAAUGGGCUAGUGACUGUGACAGCGUGGAAUUCAAAUGAGGAGAUAGACAGAUGGGUUAGGGGAAAAAUUGAGAAUGACCACUUGGGAGAGAUGAGGAUUCCUGUGCCACCACCCCUCUGACCAGAUGCUCUCGGGGUAUGCGAGAACACAUGGUCAGACGAGGAGAGAGCAGUAGGAGUAGCAGUGUUUUCAGUGGUAAUCCAUGUUUCCGUCAGCGCCAGGAAGUCGAGGGACUGGAGGGUAGCAUAGGCUGGGAUGAAGUCAGCCUUGUUGGCGGCAGAACGGCAGUUCCAGAGGCUGCCUGAGACCUGGAACUCCAGGUGUGUGGUGCGUGCAGGGACCACCAGGUUAGAGAGGCAGCAGCCACGCGGUGUGAGGCGUUUGUGUAGCCUGUGCGGAGAGGAGAGAACAGGGAUAGGCAGAGGCAUAGUUGACAGGCUGUAGCAGAUGGCUACAAUAAUGCAGAGGAGAUCGGAAUGAAAUGAACUAAACAUCUGCGAAAGGAGAGAGCAGGGCCUCCCUCACCAAAAAAAUAUAACUCUCCCAACUUCCACCUCAGAAACUAUAAUUGUUUCACUGAACCACCUCCUCCAACUUCCACUUAGAAUAGAAUUGUGUAUCCGUCUUUUUGCUUUUUCCUAUUGGCUUACAAUAGAUACAGUGCCUUGCAAAAGUAUUCAUCCCUUUUGCCUUUUUCCUAUUUUGUUGAAUUACAACCUGUAAUUUAAAUGGAUUUUUAUUAGAUUUUCAUGUAAUUGACAUACACAAAAUAGUCAAAAUUGGUUAAGUGAAAUAAAAAAAAAUACUUGUUUCAGAAAAUUCUAAAAAAUAAAUAACGGAAAAGUGGUGCGUGUAUAUGUAUUCACCCCCUUUGCUAUGAAGUCCCUAAAUAAGAUCUGGUGCAACCAAUUACCUUCUAAUGUCACAUAAUUAAUUAAAUAAAGUCCACCUGUGUGCAAUCAAAGUGUCACAUGAUCUGUCACAUGAUCUCAGUAUAUAUACACCUGUUCUGAAAGGCCCCAGAGUCUGCAACACCACAAACCAAGGGGCACCAUGAAGACCAAGGAGCUCUCCAAACAGGUCAGGGACAAAGUUGUGGAGAAGUACAGAUCAGGGUUGGGUUAUAAAAAAAUAUCUGAAACUUUAAACAUCCCACAGAGCACCAUUUAAAUCCAAUAUUAAAAAAGGGAAAGAAUAUGGCACCACAACAAACCUGCCGAGAGAGGGCCGCCCUCCAAAACUCACGGACCAGGCAAGGAGGGCAUUAAUCAGAGAGGCAACAAAGAGACCAAAGAUAACCCUGAAGGAGCUGCAAAGCUCCACAGCGGAGAUUGGAGUAUCUGUCCAUAGGACCACUUUAAGCCGUACAUUCCACAGAGCUGGGCUUUUUGAAGAGUGGCCAGAAAAAAGCCAUUGCUUAAAGAAAAAAAUAAGCAAACACGUUUGGUGUUCGCCAAAAGGCAUGUGGGAGACUCCCCAAACAUAUGGAAGAAGGUACUCUGGUCAGAUGAGACUAGAAUUUAGCUUUUUGGCCAUCAAGGAAAACGCUAUGUCUGGCGCAAACCCAACACCUCUCAUCACCCCGAGAACACCAUCCCCACAGUGAAGCAUCAUGCUGUGGGGAUGUUUUUCAUCGGCAGGGACUGGGAAACUGGUCAGAAUUGAAGGAAUGAUGGAUGGCGCUAAAUACAGGGAAAUUCUUCCAGAGAUUUGAGACUGGGACGGAGGUUCACCUUCCAGCAGGACAAUGACCCUAAGCAUACUGCUAAAGCAACACUUGAGUUGGUUAAGGGGAAACAUUUAAAUGUCUUGGAAUGGCCUAGUCAAAGCCCAGACCUCAAUCCAAUUGAGAAUCUUUGGUAUGACUUAAAAGAUUGCUGUACACCAGCGGAACCCAUCCAACAUGAAGGAGCUGGAGCAGUUUUGCCUUGACGAAUGGGCGAAAAUCCCAGUGGCUAGAUGUGCCAAGCUUAUAGACAUACCCUAAGAGACUUGCAGCUGUAAUUGCUGCAAAAGGUGGCUCUACAAAGUAUUGACUUUGCGGGGGGUGAAUAGUUAUGCACGCUCAAGUCUUCUGUUGUUUUGUCUUAUUUCUUGUUUGUUUCACAAUAAAAAAUAUUUUGUAUCUUCAAAGUGGUAGGCAUGUUGUGUAAAUCAAAUGAAACAAACCCCUCAAAAAUCCAUUUUAAUUCCAGUUGUAAGGCAACAAAAUAGGAAAAAUGCCAAGAGGGGUGAAUACUUUUGCAAGCCACUGUAUAUUACAAUGCAUUAUAUCCAGCCCCUGUAGUUCUCUCACCGGCUCUCCGUAGAAUAGAGGAGAAGCAGUGGAUUGAGAUGUCUGAUUUUAAGGGCUUAAUUAGAAGGAAAAUGACUGUACUUUUCUCUUGUACAGUAUUAUUUAGUUAUAUUUUCCCUGCCUCUCAAUUGACCUCAGUCUUUCACUUGCUGUUAUGCUCUCUCUCUCUCCUUGUCCUCCCCUCUAGGGCACGCAGUCCCGUCCGUGCUGCAGAGCACCUUCCACGCGCAGGCCUGCGAGGAACUCUUCAAGCACCUGUGCAUCAGCGGCACACCCAAGAUCCGUCUGCAUGCGGGCCUGCUACUGGUGCAGUUGUGUGGAGGGGAGCGCUGGUGGGGCCAGUUCCUCUCCAACGUCCUGCAGGAGCUCUACAACUCCGAGCAGCUGCUCAUCUUCCCCCAGGACAGGUGGGCUUUAUGCACUGAGGAGCUAUCUCUAUCCACUGCGCUCACUUUAUUUAGAUUCAUUGCACCACACUGACAAACUGGAGCUCCUUGGACAAUCAUUAUGUCCACACUUCCCCUCACAACGCAAACUGGUUACUGCCCAUUGACCAGUGACAUUGAGAUGCCUCUCUAACUUCCAUAAAGAUAGGUGUUUGUUAUAUUCAAACACAUAUGUAUCGUUAUGUAUCAGAAGCACCCACCCAGACUUACCUAUUGUGUUUUACAAUGUUCCUGAGAUUGACAGUGUCCUCUGUGUGUCCUCCCUCAGGGUCUUUAUGCUCCUGUCCUGCAUCGGCCAAAGAUCCCUGAGCAACAGUGGCGUGCUGGAGGGGCUGCUCAACCUGCUGGACAGCCUGCUGUCCCCCCUACAGCAGCCCCUGGCGGCUGCCCAGCGCAGGACUGAAGGUGGGCUAGCCGGAGGUGGCGGGUCCCUGGGCUGGGGCUGGCAGCAGGGAUGGGGGGCUGGGUGUGUUCCCUGGCCCCAGCACCGGCCACCCGGGGCUCUGGACUCAACCAGCAACCUAUGAGUCUGUGUCUGUGUGUGCGGCAGGUGUGUUGGACGUCCCCAUGAUCAGCUGGGUGGUGAUGCUGGUGUCACGGCUGCUGGACUACGUGGCCAGCGUGGAGGACGAGGCGUCUGCAGGCAAGAAGCACCUGGGAGGGAAGGAGAGGGAGCGCACCUUGACAGGUAGCGUAGUGUAGGCUAGGGUGGUGUAGCUCUCCAAUGAGAUGUGGUACUGAUAACUUAUGAAGCCAAGAAAUCACAAAAGUGAUCAUAUUUCUUGUUUUGUCUACCUUAUUCCCCCCUUUUGAAUAUGUAUGUGGCUCUUUAUUUUUUCUAACAUCCUUGUUGCAUGAGUGAUGUUAUAGGCUUAGAAUAAACUUUAUCCUAUUACCCUUUGUCUGCGAGGCUAGAUAUAAAAUCAACAAGGUUUUAUUACAAAAAAUUUUUAUUCAGUUUUGAGAACCAUGAAUCAUAUUAACAGGGUAAUAUUAUUGCAUAUCGAUUUGGAACCAAGAAGACAACUCUAACGUGCCUUUUUUCCAUCUCUCUCCAAUGAAUCAAGGUAAUCAGUGGAGCUUUAUAAAUAACAGCCUCCAGUCCUCCAGCUCCAACCGAUCAGCCAAAGGCAACAGCAGCCUAGACCGCCUGUACUCCCGCAAGAUCCGCAAACAGCUGGUGCACCACAAACAGGUAAAUGUGUGCAAAUCCAACAUCAGUUCCGUCUUAAAAACGUCAUGGAGUUGUGCAUUUUUUAUACCCCAUAAAUCUGUGUUUGUCACAGUUAUUGGAUUCUCCCUCUUAUUACUGGCUUUGGAUGAAGUCUUGUCAUGUAAUAGAUGGUCUUUGCAAUGUUUAUAUUUAUCCUGCCCUUUUCAUUAUAGCAGUUAAAUCUAUUGAAGGCAAAACAGAAAGCUUUGGUGGAGCAAAUUGAGAAGGAGAAGACCCAGAGCAACAAAGGCUCCUCAUACAAACUGUUGGUGGAGCAGGCCAAGCUGAAACAGGCCACAUCCAAGGUAAGUUCUUCGCUCUUGCUGCUGGUGACUCUCAGAUCCACCUCUACGCAGACGACACCAUUUUGUAUACAUCUGGCCCUUCAUUGGACACUGUGUUAACAAACCUCCAAACGAGCUUCAAUGCCAUACAACACUCCUUCCGUGGCCUCCAACUGCUCUUAAAUGCUAGUAAAACUAAAUGCAUGCUCUUCAACCGAACGCUGCUUGCACCCGCCCGACUAUAAUCACUACUCUUGGCGGGUCUGACUUAGAAUAUGUGGACAACUACAAAUACCUAGGUGUCUGGUUAGACCAUAAACUCUCCUUCCAGACUCAUAUUAAGCAUAUCCAAUCCAAAGUUAAAUCUAGAAUCGGCUUCCUAUUUCGCAACAAAGCCUCCUUCACUCAUGCUGCCAAACAUGCCUUCGUAAAACUGACUAUCCUACCGAUCCUUGACUUCGGCGAUGUCAUUUACAAAAUAGCCUCCAACACUCUACUCAGCAAAUUGGAUGUAGUCUAUCACAGUGCCAUCCGUUUUGUCACAUUUUCAUUUUACAUUUACAUUUUAGUCAUUUAGCAGACGCUCUUAUCCAGAGCGACUGUCACCAAAGCCCCAUAUACUACCCACCACUGUGACCUGUACGCUCUCGUUGGCUGGCCCUGACUACAUAUUCGUCGCCAAACCCACUGGCUUCAGGUCAUCUAUAAAUCACUGCUAGGCAAAUCUCCGCCUUAUCUUAGCUCAUUGGUCAACAUAGCAACACUCACCAGUAGUAUGCGCUCCAGCAGGUAUAUCUCACUGGUCAUCCCCAAAGCCAACACCUCCUUUGGCCGCCAUUCCUUCCAGUUCUCUACUGCCAAUGACUUGAACGAACUGCAAAAAUCUCUGAAGCUGGAGACUCUUAUCUCCCUCACUAACUUUAAGCAUCAGUUGUCAGAGCAGUUUACCGAUCACUGCACCUGUACACAGCCAUUCUGAAAUUAGCCCACCCAAAUACCUCAUCCCCAUAUUGUUAUUUAUUUUAUCAUUUGCACCCCAGUAUCUCUAUUUGCACAUCAUAUUCUGCACAUCUAUCAUUCCAGUGUUAAUACUACAUUUGUAAUUAUUUUGCACUAUGGCCUAUUCAUUGCCUUACCUCCAUAACUUACUACAUUUGCAAUGGUGAAAUAAAAGAAAUGGUGAGGAUUUCAGAAGCAUUGAAAAGGAAAGCUUUGUUUUGACUGAUCAAGCUGGAAUAGCUAUAGGGUUUUCCCAUAGAAAUCGAGUGACUAAGAAUGAAAUAAUUAUUUUUCUAUGCUUUUUCUCAUCUUGGGAACACAAUCAUUUAAAAUCAAGUAUGUUUUUGGGUCACCUUUCAACAAGUUACGACAGAUCUGCACACAUAUACUUAGCAUAGUGUGUGCGCCAAACACACUCACACAGGUUACAAGUAUGCUGUUUGGAAUAGUGUUAGAUUAAACCAUGUGUAUUAAUUGACUUCCACUGCCUGACAUCUGCCUCUCCAUCUAUUUCUGGCGCUCUCCAUCUCUCCCCCAUCUCUUUCUCUGGCAGCACUUUAAGGACCUGAUCCGUCUGAGGCGUACAGCUGAGUGGCCCCGCUCCACCCUGGACACAGAGGCCACGGCCGCCAAGGAGGCCCCUGAGGUGGAGCCUCUGCCCUUCACACUGGCCCAUGAGCGCUGCAUCUCCGUGGUGCAGAAACUGUCCCUCUUCCUCCUCUCAAUGGACUUCACCUGCCACGCAGACCUCCUGCUGUUCGUCUGCAAGGUAUGCACUGCCAAAAAACUUUGAUUGGGUUCUUCGAGUUGAAUUGAGGGCACACUUGCUACAAAUAAUAAUAAUGGCAAAGAUGGGGAUUGGUUGGCACUGCAUAAAUGGAUACAUUGUCAGAAAGUUGUGCUCAUCACAUGUCUGAUUUUGCCUUUCAGGUCUUGGCCAGGAUAGCCAAUGCCACCAGGCCCACCAUCCAUCUAUGUGAGGUGGUGUCGGAGCACCAGCUGGAGCGUCUGCUGCUGCUGCUGGUGGGGACAGACUUCAACAGGGGGGACAUCUCCUGGGGAGGGGCCUGGGCCCAGUACUCCCUCACCUGCAUGCUGCAGGACAUCCUGGCAGGUAGGGGGUGCUGCUACAAUUCAAGUCACUGUUCAAUUCUCACAUCAUUAAGGAACUGUUUUUUAGCUAAGUAAGAUAUGGUGAGUCUUUGCUUUGCUAGCAGUCUCUAGUCGUUUCCUUUCUCCCAGCACUAACCUUCUCCUGUCCCCUCUCCUCAGGGGAGCUGCUGUCCCCAGGGUCCCUGGAUGGUAUGGGCGAGGAGGCGGUGGGUGAGGAGACAGGGGCAUCGUCCUCCUCAGCAGGGAUAGACUCUGACGACUCCCUAGCCCAGCACACCACCAUCCCCCUCGUGGAAACCAUUGACGAGGCCCUGACUACUGAUAUCAUCGCAGGUACUCCUGGGACCUCCUCUGUUUUCCAAAGUGCGUUGGUAGGCCAGUCCUCGACCACAUUUUACAUAUGGACCCCCUCACUUUAUUAUCAUGAUGAAUCUAUUUGUGUUCAAUUGUUUUUCUUUUUUCCCCUUUUAGCUAGCUGCAUGUUUAUUCUCUCAGUAUUUUCUUCUGUAUUUUGUAUGACUUCCUGUUCUGACAUUAGUUUUAUUUUAAAGGAGAAUAUUUAGAGCUUCUCUAACCAGUUUAAUUCUGAAUGGACUGUUUUCUUAUGUUUGCCUUUUGGAGGGGGAGUUCAAACAGUGUAGCUUUAUUGCCAGUAAGAUAUCCAAAUGUUUUAAGGGGUGGUGGUUAUUUUCCUGAGGCUAUUAUUUAAUUUGUCCAAAAGUUGCAAUAAUUACUGGUAGAAAUCCUGACUUGAGAUUGUGUACUGAAUUCAAACUAUCACAAAUCGUAAUUCCCUUGACAUCUUCAAUGGGCUACACAAAAACACAUAUUUUGUGAACUUAUACCAAGUCAGAAUUUUGGCCAAAGUUGUCAGAGCUUGAUGAUUAGAGUGGGCGAGCAAUCCAUUGUUUCGAGUCCCUGAACUGCAAAAAAAACAUUUUUUGUAGGCCUUAAAAUUGCCUAGUAAUUUCCUAAAAGAAGGCCUCUGAGUUUGCUGUUUUAGUGUGCUUGCUUGGCAAUAUUAAAGCUCUUUUCGUUAUCCAAAGGUGCUCCACCUCUGUCAUCUUUGGAAAAAGAUAAAGACAUUGACUUUGACUUGCUACAAGACCUCAUGGAUGUUGAUAUUGAUCCUUUAGAUAUUGAUUUGGAAAAAGAUCCCCUUGCCGCCAAAGUCUUUAAGGUACGUAACUUGCAUGAUUCACCUGUGUGUUUUCUGUUUCACUCCCAUCUCUCUCUCUAUUUAAUGCUCUCUUGCAUUUCUAUUCAGUUAUUGAUUGGAUCACCUCUGGGGCUCAUAUCGAUUCAGCCCAAAACAAACAUCAUUUGUACAUGAACUUAAAUAAAUAAAAAUGUGUGUGUAAUACAAAGUUAGUUUUAUUGAAUCCCUCCCCAACACCACCUCACCCUUAGCCGUUUACCGUCACGUCUCCAUAAAACGUUCCAAUUUAACUCUGCUCAGGCCUUUUAAGUCUCAAAGCACUUUUCUGUAUGUAGAUCCAAUCAAUCAUCAAACUAACAAACUUGGGAAAGUGUUACUUUCUUCACUCUUACUUUCCUUUCUGAAAAAACUCCACCAUUGCAUGCAAAGGAAUAUAGUGUUAGUGUGCAUGUAAUGUUAUACAGGUACCUAGCAUCUGAGAGGAAUGACUACGUUUGCGUUUCUCUUGUCUCUCUCUCUUCCUACAGCCUAUUAGCAGCACCUGGUAUGACUACUGGGGUGCUGACUAUGGUACAUACGGUUACAACCCCUACAUAGGGGGAGUAGGAAUUGCUGUGUCCAAGCCCCCAGCUGUUGUCGAAAAGCCUGGGUCUCAGAGUCUCUCCAUCUCCGUUUCACAAGGUAAAGGUGCAUUUUUGUAUCCUGAUAUCAUCUCCAAAUCUUAGUCUCGUAUAGGAUUCCACACUUGUCUUGUGUAAAGGAAUACAUUCCACCUUAUAACCCUGACCUCUCCCUCAGCUCUGGACGCCCGCCUGGAGGUGGGGCUGGAGCAGCAGGCUGAGCUUAUGCUCAAGAUGAUGGCCACGCUGGAGGCCGACUCCAUCUUGCAGGCGCUCACAUCAACCUCCCCCACAGGUAUACACUUAAGAAAAAAUAAUUUAUAGAUGUUUGGGAAUGUACCCUUUAGUCUUGGAAAUGAUGGCUGACCCUUGUCCCUCUCUCCCGCCAGUGUCCCAGGCAUCCAAUGGGACGGAUGAUUCUCUGCUGCUGGGGCUCCAUGGGGGCUCCCCCCCAGGAAGCAGCGUAAUGGUACAGGCCUCCUCCAUCCCAAUGCUGAGUGCCUGCUUCAACAAGCUCUUCUCCAUGCUCCAGGUGCACCACGUACAGGUCAGUCACCAACAGACGGUAUAGUCCAGGGUCUAUACUACUCCACAAGACUUGAAUGACUUGUUGCACAUCGCUCUGUUUUACACAUCCCUCGACAGAGCUUGGUAAUGAUGUGGCAGUAUAGGUAACAUACUGUACCAUUCUCAAGAAUACGUUUGUUACCCUGGAUUAGUGGAUUUGUAGAUAAAGUGCUCAUGUGUUUUUGCUUUAGUUGGAGUCUGUGCUGCAGCUGUGGCUGACCCUAAGUCUCAACUCCUGCUCUGGGGGCACUGAGGAGAGUGGAUCUGACAUCUUCAUGUUCAACGCCAGCAGAGUGCCCACCAUCCCACUCAACCAAGGUCAGAGGUCGCCCUAUAUGUCUCUCAAUCCACUUCCUUCUCCGCUUAACUCUCAAACCAUUCACUUUUAGUAUUUUCACAUGGGUAAGUGUAUGUUAAACUUCCGUCUCUCCUGUGUUUCAAUGCAGCCUCUAUCAGCAGUUUCCUGUCGGUGCUAGCCUGGUACCCCAACACCUCCCUGAGGACCUGGUGUCUGGUGCUGCACUCCCUUACCCUCAUGACCAACAUGCCCUCCAGUGGUGAGUCCACCCUUCACAGGGUCUCACUCUCAAGACACGGUGCCUGAAAACACCUAUUGAUGUUUCACAUUGAGGAUUGUGAAAUAGUAAAAUGCAUAUUGAAGAUGCAGUGUAACCAAAGAUAUAAUUAAAACCAAACGACCUUCAACAGUACUCCUUUUUAAUUGAGUGUGUGUGUUUGGUCAGCAGCCUCCAGCAGUGGGAUGGGAGCUCAUGAGAGCACGGCCCAGCAGAUGGUGUCGGACCCUACGCUGGUGCACGUGCUUGUGCGUUUCCUGUCUGGGGGAAACCCCCAUUGCACCAGCCAGCACAGCUCCCAGGUCGGCCCCACCGCCACCCAAGCUAUGCAAGAGUUCCUCACAAGGCUCCAGGUGCACCUCUCCUCCACCUGCCCACAGAUGUUCAGCGAGUUCCUGCUCAAACUGAUGCACAUCCUGUCCACUGAGAGGUAGGUUGUCUAGAGACAUCAAGAGCAGCUAUUGUUCCACCCCAGCACUUAAUACACAUUAUUCAAAUGAUAACUAGUCAUCUUCAAUUUAUCUGAUGUGUUAUAGCUGGGCUGGAACAAAAGCCAUCCUUUUGAUUCCAUCACAAUACAGUACAAUGAAUUGUUGUAAAGUGCCAGCGUCAAUGACCCCAUCUCUUCUCGUCUUCCUUCAGGGGUCCGUUCCAGUCAUGCCAGGGUCCUCUGGAUGCCCAGGUCAAGCUGUUAGAGUUCACCCUGGAGCAGAACUUUGAGGUGGUGUCAGUGAGCACCAUCUCCUCUGUCAUCGAGUCCAUCACCUUCCUGGUGCACCACUACAUCACCUGCUCUGACAAGGUGGUGUCCCGCAGUGGCUCCGACAGCUCUGUGGGUGCCCGCGCCUGCUUUGGAGGCCUCUUCGCCAACAUCAUCCGGCCGGGCGACGCCAAGGCGGUGUGCGGCGAGACCACGCGCGACCAACUCAUGUUCGACCUGCUCAAGCUAGUCAACGCCCUGGUCCAGCUGCCCCUGUCGGGUGACCGUGAGUUCAGCGGGCGUCUGCCCCCGGCGGGCAGCGGGGCGUCGGACAGCAGCGCGUCGGAUGAGGAGAAGGUGUGCGGCAACAAGGAGGGGGCAGCAGGAGGGGCCACCCCUCACCAGGGCCCUGCGGCCGGAGUGGCUGACAUGGUGCUGGCCAACCAGCAGAUCAUGAGCCAGACCCUCUCGGCUCUGGGCCAGUGCAACAGCAGCGCCAUGGCUAUGAUCAUUGGUAGGCUUCAUCUGCACACUUACUUUUUUGAAAGCUUUAUUCAUAAGGAUCCCAGGUUUCGCAGAUAAGAUAUUCAAAUGUUUGUUAUGGAUGAUACUUUCCUGUCUGUAGGUGCUAGUGGUCUCCACCUGACCAAGCAUGAGAACUUCCAUGGCGGACUAGAUGCCAUCUCUGUAGGAGACGGCCUGUUCACCAUCCUCACCUCCCUGAGCAAGAGAGCCACCUCAGUGCAGGUGAUGCUGCAGCCCAUCCUCACCUACAUGGCCUGUGGGUACAUGGGCAGACAGGUAAGACUGAGCUCAACCAUGACCAAAAGGGCAUCCAUUACGUUUUUCUGUUUAGAGCUUUACUUGUCAAGAUUAAAGGUUUGAGAAAAAUAACUUUGCUUGUUAUAGUACUUCAGUUUGUUAGAUUAGAUUUAUGAAUGUUUGACCCAUGGAUGCUGAAAGUUUUUUAAUCUCAAGCAGUCUUUGUAUUUCUCCCAGGGCUCUCUGUCUACAUGCCAGCUGUCUGAACCUCUGCUCUGGUUCAUCCUCCGAGUGCUGGACACCAGCGAGGCACUUAAGGCGUUCCAUGAUAUGGGUACCCACAUGCGCACACACGCUUAAUACAUAAUUGGGGAAAUGUCCUAGUAUACUGUCCAUUAGACUAAACAUGUUGUGUUUGUAUUUGACCUGUGUGCAGGUGGGGUCCAGUUGAUCUGUAACAACAUGGUGACCAGCACCCGGGCCAUAGUGAACACGGCACGCAGCAUGGUGUCCACCAUCAUGAAGUUCCUGGACACUGGCCCAGGGAAGGCUGCAGACGGCAGCCUCAAGGCCCGGGUCCUAGCCUCCGAGCCCGACAACGCAGAGGGACUCCACAAUUUUGCGCCGCUCGGUAUGUGGAGCUUUUCCUUUCCUGUUCUGAAUGAAGUUUCUCCCUUUAUCCUCUAUUUGAUGUGAAAAUGUGCAUGUGUCCUAUUAAAUGCUGUUUGUCCCUCUGCAGGCACCAUCACCUCCAGCAGCCCCACGGCCCAGCCGGCGGAGGUCCUCCUUCAGGCCACACCCCCUCACAGACGGGCGCGCUCAGCGGCCUGGUCCUACAUCUUCCUGCCAGAGGAGGCGUGGUGUGACCUCACCAUCCACCUCCCUGCUGCCGUGCUGCUGAAAGAGCUGCACAUCCAGCCACACCUGGCCUCACUCGCCAGUGAGUACAGCAACACAGAACCCCCUGGGGGGAAAUAGUGCAGAGCAGUUGUCUUCUAAUCAGAGACUGAAUUCAAUCUAAACCGUUCUGAGAAUUCUCUUGCCAACCAAUGACACUAGUUGUCUAAUUGAUCGUUUAAGUGGCUCUCGGGUACCAGCAGGAGAGCUGUGCCUCUCUGCUUAAGUGCCUUAAGGGCACACUGUCUACUACCCCUUAAGCACAGUUUUCCUCAUGACCCACUUAUUUCACCCACUCAAAUAUUAACCUACCAGUGUUGUCUAGUGUCAUUUUAAAUAUGCAAAACUUCGCAUGGAUUAUUCAUGCUUCUGUCAACCACAACAUACCAUUGUGCCAGACAGUACCAGUUGGAGAAAAUGAAGUUGAACAUACUCCACCAUCAUCUACUAUUGCUAACUCUGCCGAUGUCUCUUUGUCCUCUCCCCAGCCUGCCCCUCCUCGGUCUCGGUUGAGAUCAGUGCAGACGGGGUAAACAUGCUGCCUCUGUCCAUGCCCAUCAUCACCAGUGGCCUCACCUACAUCAAGAUCCAGCUGGUGAAGGCUGAGGUGGCGUCCGCGGUAUGUCUGAGGCUGCAUCGGCCUCGUGACGCCAGCACCUUGGGCCUGUCCCAGAUCAAACUGCUUGGCCUCACCGCCUUCGGCAACACCUCCUCAGCUACCGUCAACAACCCCUUCCUGCCCUCCGAGGACCAGGUCUCUAAAACCAGGUACAAACAUACUUGCCCUUACAGGAACUUCUGUUAAAUGUAACUUGAGCGUCAAAUUUAAAAAAACACCACUAGUGCCACAGGAAAUCUCUCUACCUAACCUCUGACCUCGCCAUCUGUCUCUCCAAUAGUAUUGGCUGGCUACGUCUGCUUCACCACUGUCUGACCCACGUCAGUGACCUGGAGGCCAUGAUGGCCAGCGCUGCUGCUCCCACUGCCAAUCUGCUCCAAACCUGCGCCGCCCUGCUCAUGUCCCCCUACUGCGGCAUGCACUCACCUAACAUUGAGGCCGUGCUGGUCAAGAUCGGCCUGCAGUCCACCCGCAUCGGCCUCAAGCUCAUCGACAUCCUGCUGAGGAAUUGUGCGGCCUCCGGCACCGACCCUACGAGUACAUAGCCGCCACUUGAAUAAAACGCUCAUUGAUCACAUUGUACACAACAUUUGAAUCUCACAAAUAGGUCUUUGCCUUCUAUCUGUCAUUGUACUUGAAUCAUUGUGAUUUUUCUGUUUAGACCUCAACAGUCCCCUGCUCUUCGGAAGGCUCAACGGUCUCUCUUCAGACUCCACCAUUGACGUCCUCUACCAGCUGGGAACCACACAGGAUCCUGGGACUAAGGACAGGUAAAGACCACUUAAAAUCUACUGAUGUAGUGUUGAGCCUAAUACUGCUGGGUCUAUGUAUUAUGGAUCUAUGAAAGCAGCUCUUGAUAUGUUAAUAUUGACCAUCUAAUCCCUGUCUCUCCUUCCAGGAUCCAGGCCCUUCUCCAAUGGGUCCAUGAUUCGUCACUGGUGGCGGCCCACAAGAGGAGCGGCCCCGUGGGCUACAUGCGCCAGAACAGCUCCUCGUCACGGGAGUAUGGCCUCAUCAUGCCCUCUCCCUCCCACCUCCACUGUGUGGCGGCCAUCUUGUGGCGCAGCUACGAGUUGCCCGUGAACUACGACCUCCCAGUGCUGCUCAACAGAGAGCUCUUUGAGUAAGUGCUAUCCUGUCAGAAAAAAACAACAGUUCGGUCCUUUACUCACGCUAGCGCAUCCACUAUGAUUCUGUACUCUUUGUUCAGUCAUCAAAAGCUAAGCAGAGCUUUCGCAAGCUUUGAGCCAUCAGUUUGAAGAACAUCUCGUUUUUUGUAGCCUGGUUAGAAUACAGCUCCCUGAUGUUUUCAAGCUGGUUAGAAUACAGCUCCCUGAUGUUUUCAAGCUGGUUAGAAUACAGCUCCCUGAUGUUUUCAAGCUGGUUAGAAUACAGCUCCCUGAUGUUUUCAAGCUGGUUAGAAUACAGCUCCCUGAUGUUUUCAAGCUGGUUAGAAUACAGCUCCCUGAUGUUUUCAAGCUGGUUAGAAUACAGCUCCCUGAUGUUUUCAAGCUGGUUAGAAUACAGCUCCCUGAUGUUUUCAAGCUGGUUAGAAUACAGCUCCCUGAUGUUUUCAAGCUGGUUAGAAUACAGCUCCCUGAUGUUUUCAAGCUGGUUAGAAUACAGCUCCCUGAUGUUUUCAAGCUGGUUAGAAUAGAGCUCCCUGAUGUUUUCAAGCUGGUUAGAAUACAGAUCCCUGAUGUUUUCAAGCUGGUUAGAAUACAGCUCCCUGAUGUUUUCAAGCUGUAGAUUCAUUCUAAAGUUUCUCUCAUCCGCCUCUUGGUAUGUCUUGCAUUUUACACACAUCCUCUGCAAACAUGAAUACUUUACAUCGAACAGGGAAAACCAAGUAAAAGACAUCAUGUCUAACCUUGUAUCCUCAGUGAGCUCCACUGGCAGCUUUCAUUUGAGGGUAUUUUCAUCCAUAUCUGGUGAACCGUUCAGAAAUUACAGCACUUUUUGUACAUAGUCCCCCAAUUUAGGGGACCAAAAGUAUUGGGACAAAUUCACUUAUAUUUAUUAAAGUAGUUAAAAGUGACUUAUUUGGUCCCAUUUUUAAACGGUUCACCCGAUAUGGAUGAAAAUAACCUCAAAUUAAAGCUGACGGUGCACUUUAACCUCAGUCAUAUAAUUUCAAAUCCAAAGUGCUGGAGUACAGAGCCAAAACAACAACAAAUGUGUCACUGUACCAAUACUUUUGGAGCUCACUGUAUACAGCCUUUAAAAAAUGUAACAAGUGAAAAUAUUCAGUAGGAGUAAGGUUUCUGACCUGUUGAUUUCAGAGGGAAAGAUGUGAGUCCAGUGUGUUUAUCCCAUUGUCCCCGUCUCUCCUGUAGACUGCUGUACAACUGGUCCAUGUCCCUGCCGUGUAACAUGGUGCUGAAGAAGGCAGUAGACAGCCUGCUCUGCUCCAUGUGCCACAUCCACCCCAGCUACUUCUCUCUGCUUAUGUCCUGGAUGGGCAUCGUGGCCCCACCCACCGCCGCCCAGCACCGCCUCUCCAUGACGGACGACGGCAAGAAGCAGCACGACCUCAGCAGCGCCAGUGCUAACGCCACCACCUGCGCCGGCCUCACCGACGACUCCAAACACGCGCGGCCACCCAUCGCCCUGUCCGAGUCUCAACUGGCCACUCUGGCUGCUGCCUCCCAGUCACCCGGAGCGAUAGAGCAGCUGCUGGACUCAGGCCUGCCCUCUCUGCUGGUCCGCAGCCUGGCCGGACUCUGCUGUGGCCUCCUGGCUGCCGCUGACCUGCCCCUGCCCUCCACCGCCCAGGCCGAACGACGGCAGCACCAUCACAACCACCACCCCCACUCCUCUUCUUCUUCCUCUCUGAGCAGGGCACCCCUGUCUGCAGAGCUGGCAGCCCCAGUGCUGCGUUUCCUCACUGAGGUGGGGAACAGUCAUGCCAUGAAAGACUGGCUAGGUGGGCCUGAGGUGAACCCGCUGUGGACUGCUUUGCUGUUCCUGCUGUGCCACAGCAGCGCCAGCGCAGGGGGAACCAGCGGUGUCCAUGGGCACGCGGGAGCCCACUCUGCUGCCUCCGGUGGUGCGUGCUGCCCCCCUCCUCCGCCCCCACCCCAGCCUUCAGGGUCGCGCUACUCUCUGGCCUCCUCGACCCGGGGCAGCGGUCUCACCACCCAGCAGAGGACGGCCAUCGAGAACGCCACAGUGGCCUUCUUCCUGCAGUGCAUCUCCUGUCACCCCAACAACCAGCGGCUCAUGGCACAGGUCCGAUGGAAUGCAUUGACAACACACAUUUCCACCCUGACCAACCAUAUCUGAUGGAUUACUAACGUGUGUCUUUGGUGGGCUCUUGUUCUCUGUAGGUGCUGUGUGAGCUCUUCCAGUCGGCCCCCCAGCGUGGAAGCGUGCCCAUCUCUGGCAACAUCUCUGGCUUCAUCCGCAGGCUCUUCCUGCAGCUCAUGCUAGAGGACGAGAAGGUCACAGUCUUCCUGCAGUCGCCCUGUCCGGUGGGUACCAAGUUUCCGUAGGCUCCGAUCUAGGAUCAGCUCACCUUACUUCGAGCAAUUUCAUUCUCCUCCCUAUUGACUUGCAUUGGAAAGGAAAAGAACUGUUAGAGUGAUGUAAUAUCCCAAGGUGGCCACAAGAGGCCAGCCCAGCAGUACAGAAAAUCCCUCCACACUUGCAGGCUUUCCCCAGACUGAUGCUUGUCGGAGAAACAGUACUGCACCUCAGUCAAAGGAAUGCUCAAUAUUUCACCCUCCUCAAUUAUUAGUUGUCAUGCGAGCAGUUUAGAGAGCAGUCACGGUAGGGGGGAGAAAGUGGUUUCAAUUGUCUAAAGCUAAUUUCAAUUUAACCUCCAGUUUCAUUGUCCUCAUUCUGCACCAUCCCGUUUUGAUGAAAUUAAACAGUGUCAGGGAAGGGUAAGGGUCAUUCCAUGGGCAAGGUGAAGGAUGACUGUUGUGCAUGGCAUGCCAAAAGGUUCCUGGUUAUGCACGACGAGCCAAACAUACUUCUCUUUUAGACUCUAAUUUAGGUCACCUAUUUGUAAUUCGCUCUGGAUAAGAGUGUCUGCUAAAUGACUUAAAUGUAAAUGUGAAAUGUCAUUUGUGUGCUAAAUUAACCAGGUGUCCUGGGAAACACAUCAGUGAAGGUUAAUUAUGUAUGAUCAGUAGGUGAUUAAUAGCAGGAUGGGUCUACAUGCUAAUGUGUUUACACAUUAGGUAGGGAUAGGGCUGUGGUGGUCAUGAUAUUUUGUCAGCCGGUUAUUGUCAUGCAAAAGACUGCCGGUCUCUCGGUAAUUGACCGUUAAUGAACAUAAACACGUUUAUCAUCUCCAGGCCUCCGCAUACAAGCCGCAUACAAGCCGCUGGAACAUCUACAUAAAAAAAAAGUAUAAUAAAUCUAUUUAAUAUGCACGUCACAAUAAAUAAUUAAUUUUAGUCAGGUUUAAAGAAACAUGAUAUGAAGAAAAUGUAUUUCAGAAGAACAGUAUGAGUUGGCCUACUGUAUGUUUUCUGGCUAUGGGUCAUGCUGUAAGCUUGUUCAAUUAGCAGACAAGACACGCUUAUAAGUCCAGUGCCAUUAUUUUAUUAUAUGAUAUUAUAGUAAGAAGAAUCUAAUUUUACUUGGCUGAAUAAAAUGGAAAGGAUAUUUAAUUAGCUUACUUCAAUUAGGAGAGGGGUGGUAGGGUUAGUGGAAAAGAAUAAAGGAAAAUAUAUUUUCAAAAUAUAUAUACUGUACCAGUCAAAAGUUUGGACACACCUACUAAUUCAAGGGUUUUUCUUUCUCUUUACUGUUUUCUACAUUGUAGAAUAAUAGUGAAGACAUCAAAACUAUGAAAUAACACAUAUAGAAUCAUGUAGUAACCAAAAAAGUGUUAAACAAAUCCAAAUAUUCUUAAAAUAGCCACCCUUUGCCUUGAUGACAGCUUUGCACAGUCUUGGGAUUCUCUCAACCAGCUUCAUGAGGAAUGCUUUUCCAACAGUCUUGAAGGAGUUCCCAAAUAUGCUGAGCACUUGUUGGCUGCUUUUAUAUCACUCUGCCAUCCGACUCAUCCCAAACCAUCUCAAUUGGGUUGAGGUCAAGGGAUUGUGGAGGCCAGGUCAUCUGAUGCAGCACUCCAUCGCUCUCCUUGGUCAAAUAGCCCUUACACAGCCUGGAGGUGUGUUUUGGGUCAUUGUCCUGUUGAAAAACAAAUGAUAGUCCCACUAAGCCCAAAGCAGAUGGGAUGGCGUAUCGCUGCAGAAUGCUGUGGUAGCCAUGCUGGUUGUGUGUCUUGAAUUCUAAAUAAAUCACAGACAGUGUCACCAGCAAAGCACCAUCACACCCCAUCCUCCAUGUUUCACAGUGGGAACCACACAUGCAGAGAUCAUCCGUUCACCUACUCUGCGUCUCACAAAGCCACGGCGGUUGGAACCAAAAAUCUCAACUUUUGACUCAUUAGACCAAAGGACAGAUUUCCACCGUUCUAAUGUCCAUUGCUUGUGUUUCUUGGCCCAAGCAGGUGUCUUCUUAUUAUUGGUGUCCUUUAGUAGUGGUUUCUUUGCAGCAAUUCGACCAUGAAGGCCUGUUUCAAGCAGUCUCCUCUGAACAGUUGAUGUUGAGAUGUGUCUGUGGCUUGAACUGUGACGCAUUUAUUUUGGGCUGCAAUCUGAGGUGUAGUUAAAUUAUCCUCUGCAGCAGAGGUAACUAUGGGUCUUCCUUUCCUGUGGCGGUCCACAUGAGAGCCAGUUUCAUCAUAGCGCUUGAUGGUUUUUGCGACUGCACUUGAAGAAACUUCCAAAGUUUUUUUUAAUUUUCCGUAUUGACUGACAUUCAUGUCUUAAAGUAAUGAUGGACUGUUGUUUCUCUUUGCUUAUUUGAGCUGUUUUUGCCAUAAUAUGGACUUGUCUUUUACCAAAUAGGGUUAUCUUCUGUAUACCAACCCUACCUUGUCACAACACAACUGAUUGGCUCAAACAUAUUAAGAAGGAAAGAAAUUCCACAAAUUAACUUUUAACAUGCACACCUGUUAAUUGAAAUGCGUUCCAGGUGAGAGAGAGCUGGUUGAGAGAAUGCCAAGAGUGUGCAAAGCUGUCAUCAAGGCAAAGGGUGGCUAUUUGAAAAAUUUCAAAUAUAUUUUGAUUUGUUUAACACUUUUUUGGUUGCUACAUGAUUCCAUAUGUGUUAUUUCAUAGUUUUGAUGUCUUCACUAUUAUUCUACAAUGUAGAAAACAGUAAAGAGAAAGAAAAACCCUUGAAUGAGUAGGUGUGUCCAAACUUUUGACUGGUACUGUACGUGUGUAUAUAUAUAUAUAUAUAUAUAUUUUACACACACACACACACACACACACUGGUACUGUAUAUAUGUACUGGGGGAUUGGAAUUGAUGCAGACAAUUACAUUGAUAGAAGCCACAAUCUACCCCCAACAUUUCCCCCCCCCCAUUCCAGAGCAAGUGCGCAUAUGAUGUUGAGAGUAAAAGUGAUCAUUUGAAACCAGUCCUAUACGCUAGAUUUAGUUAUUUGGCUACUUUAUUGUGAAUGAUACAAACCUUAGAAUGUCUUAGAAAUCAACACGUAUUUGGGCUGCAUUAGGCGACUAUAGGCUAUUGAUGAUUUGAGAAAGUCGCAAAAAAAAGCUUGCGCUCUGUUCCUUGCCUCAGGCUGCACACGCUGUUCUCUCAUCAAGUAAUCAUAUUUUCACCCAUCAGACUAUUCUCAAUUUAAUCUUGUCUUUACUAAUAUGUAACAUUUGUUCGAUAGAAAUGGCCCAUUAUCAAAUGGGCAGGACCAGAGGCCAGGGAAAAAAUACAUGUCAUCCGUAUGCACUCUAAUUGCGAAUGGAGACCACUUUCCCACCUGUUCAUUUUUCAAUCAUGCCGGGUAGGCUACUCCGGUUUUAUAGGGGAGCAUGUGCUUAAUAUGAGCAGCUUAGAAAUAAAUAUAGUUGCAGCUGGGAUGUGUUCUUUUUAGUGGCAACCAUCUAAUCUCUGCUUUCACACGCAAUUGCAUAUAGAAAUGUCUGGGCUUAUAAGAACACUUAUUUCACUCCAUGCAUCAACCACUGUUUGAGGAGCAUGCAGCCUUUCGCUGCGCGACAGGUGAUAUACCGCCCAAACUCUGUAUGCCAUGGCCUUCCCAACCCUAUUCCUGCAGCUACCCAGUGCUUAAUUUGGGAUAUCAAGUGACAUCUGUUCGGGAACAUCGAUAGUAACACAUUUCACAACAAAACAUAUUUCAUUAAACUGACAGCCCCUUUCUGCGUGCUUGAGAAAGGAAUGAAGGCGAGAAAGGAGAUGGAAAUAAACAGUGGUGAGAUACUCUGUAGCUAAAGGUAAUGUCAGCCUAUUAAUUAUGAAAAUAUAAAAAAGCCAUAUUACUAGGCAAUUCAAAAUCAAAUACAAAUUCACUGUAAUUUUAGGCUAACUCUGUAAGCUGCCCUGCACAAUCAACAAACCAACAGCAUUGCCUAGGCCUAUACGUUCUGUUGUGGAAAUUCUUACACAGGGACACUCAAAGUCAAUCUUAAAUGAAUCAUUGUUUAUUAUCAGUUAACUGGAGAUGUUCCAACCAACUUGAUGCACCAUAGUGAAUGUCUGUCAGGAGCUCUCCCGGGGCAGUCCCGUUAGAUCUCUUAUAUACAGACUAGUUAUAUUUGCAUGAUUUAGCUUAUUAAUUUAUAAUUAAUUCAUCAACGUUUGCUUCAUUCAUGUGACCGACCAAUACCUCACGAGGCUUCUUCUCGCUAAGCUGAGACCUUGAAACUGAGAUUUUCGUUCUCAAAAGAAGGGUCUUAGGCGUACUGCCAAAUUGUAGAUACUGAGGAUUCGUUCAAUCAGUCACUUGCAUGAAAACAGAAAACGGUUAUUAGAAAAGCACCAACACAAAAUCUUCCAUCACAGUUCUCUCCCAGACUCAUGGAUAAAAAGUUUGGAGUGUAGCAUAAGGUAACCAGUCUAUCUAGUAUGCAUAAUUAGUACAGUCCACAAUCAAAGGCGAUUUACUAGAAUUUGUUUAAUUUUGGAGUAUAGGCUCGACCAAUUAUGUAUCAAAGAUAUCUUAAAUCAGUUUUUUGUGUUUUUCUGCAGUGCGUAUGCGGUAGGCUAUGUAUUGUAUAACAGUAUUGUAUAACGGUGCAAUCAUUAUUUUCAUUCAGGUAUGUAUAAGCUCUAAUAUGCGUGUCAACUCGGUAUCGACUACGGCGUUCAUGACUGCCAGUGUUGUGGUAAGCCCUAGCUAGGGCCCUAUAAAAUCAUAUUUUUUUUGCCUGAUUCAGUUUAGUUUUUUCCAGGUUUUCGUUUCCCCCCCAAUUUUUAUCAGGUUUUCGCUGUCAAAAUCACACUUUUUAUUUGUUGGAAAAACAAUACAAUUUGAUGUUCUAAGUCCACAACAAUGCUUAAACCACAUCAGGGGACCACUAUUUUUUAUCAUGUAGAUUUUUGGGUGUAGUUACAAGUGUGCACCAGCAAGAUAUAUUUUUUUUCUUUAGCGAUGUUUCUGUAGUGCUCAUGUGAUUGCAGAGUUUGCAAAACAAAUGGCCACUAGAUUGAUGCAAAAAAUCAUGACAUAAUUCUGCCAGGUAGGCUGCUUUGUAACAUUUAAUUGAAGGUUUUUGGGAAAGCCUUUCAAUCUCUACCAUUAGCAUAAUCGCUAACGGUAACGGCUACACAAAGUGUAGACAUACACACACGCAAACAGACGGGGAUUCCUGUGCCGUUUCAGAAAGUUGCAGGAAAAUACGAAUCACUGAUACAUUUUGUUCAUGUCUUAUGAUAACUUGGACAAAUUAAUGCAUUUUCUAAUAAGUUCAAUACAUUUAGUUGAUUUCCUGCUAAAUUCAAUAAAUGUUUGAAUAUUGUUGAAUUCCGGUUUAAUGUCUGGAUUCCGUCUACAUUCUCCUCAAUGCAGAUUUUAUAGGGCCCGAAUUAGGGAAUGUCAGACUUUGUGGUGCCUUUACCUUAAAAAAAAAUAUAUAUUUUUUUACUCCAUCAGGCCUUUUUAGAUCUGAAAAAAAACAUUGAUGAUGUACUUGAUACACUGGCUCAACAUUUUUAUUUAAUCAGCGUUGAAAUUAUGACUUCAUUUGAUCUUUGAUAUUUAAGGAAGCCUCACUCAAUUUCUCCCUAAUCUGCAUCUCACUGGAGGGAACUUGACAUUUUUAUUUGCUGUCAAUCAAAAAAUGGUGUACUUUAUUAUGCUAGCUAUCAUACCAAGAUAUGUAUUCUUGAACAUUAUUGUUCCUAUGAGAGGUGUAUCAGACUUGCCUAAAAGCCACCAGUACCUUUUUUAAGGUGCAUGUUUCAAACAGCCUUUUAUGUUACGUAAUCUAAAUCUCCUGCCAGGCUAGUGUUUGUAGUAUAGUGAUUUUGUCUGGAGUGGGGACUGAGUGAGGGGCCUGAGGUUGUGUUUGGAGCUGCAGUGAGCUGUCCAUGGACCCUAAGCGGCUGAGCCGUGCUCUGGCAACACCAUGCCUGUCGCCUGCAGGUCGCAGAAAGCAAUAGUUGAUGUCACCUUCGAUGUUGUGCACAUGUAACAUUCAUGCUGAAUGAGAAGCCUUGUUAUUUCCAAUGAAGGCAGGAGUGGAAGUCUACAGCCAAGGCUGGCUUCAUUCACUCCAAAAGUGCCCCUGCAUUGUGCUCCUGAAUCUUUCAUAACUCCCAUCUCUCACUUGAAGUCAUGACCAUUCAUAACAUUGGUGGCAGUGGUAUUAUGUACUUCUACUGUCCUAAUACUUUCUCAUCUCUCUUCAGUUGUACAAGGGACGCAUUAACGCUACCAGCCAUGUGAUCCAGCACCCCAUGUACGGAGCAGGGCACAAGUACCGCACCCUCCACCUUCCCAUAUCCACCACCCUCGCUGAUGUCCUGGACCGGGUGUCGGGUACGUCUGCUGCACCUACCCAACCUGUAACAUCAAUGCGGAAGAGCGUCCCACAAUAUUAGCUUUAAAGCAGGUGUAGAUAGCUCUCUGAUCAAUGGCUACGGAGUGGAUCAGCUGGUGCUAACUGUGUUUAGAGAGAACGUCAGUACAAACGUAGUUACACUUAGUGGCACGCCAGUCUCCUUUUCACCUCAUUUAACAUCACAUUUUAUACUGAACAGAAAUAUAAACGCAACAUGCAACAAUUUAAAUGAUUUUACUGAGUUACAGUUCAUAAAGGAAAUCAGUCAAUUGAAAUAAAUGUAUAAGGCCCUAAUCUAUGGAUUUCACAUGAAUGGGCAAGGGUGCAGCCAUGGAUGGGCCUGGGAGGGCAUAGGCCCACCCACUUGGCAGCCAUGCCCACCCACUGGAGAGCCAGGCCCAGCUAAUCAUUAUGAUUUUUUCCUCACAAAAGGGAUUUAUUAAAGACAUAAAUACUCCUCAGCACCCCCCAUCAGACGAUCCCACAGGUGAAGAAGCCGGAUGUGGAGGUCCUGGGCUGACGUGGUUACACAUGGUCUGCGGUUGUGAGGCCUGUUGGAUGUACUGCCAAAUUCUUUAAAACUACGUAGAGAAAUUAACAUUCAGCUCUCUGGUGGACAUUCUGGCAGUUAGCAUGCCAAUUGCACGCUCCCUCAACAUUUGAGACGUGUGGCAUUGUGUUGUGUGACACAACUGCUCAUUUUAAAGUGGCCUUUUAUUGUCCCCAGCACAAGGUGCACCUGUGUAAUGAUUAUGCUGUUUAGUCAGCUUCUUCAUAUGCCACACCUGUCAGGUGGAUGGAUUAUCUUGGCAAAGGAGAAAUGCUCACUAACAGGGAUGUAAACAAAUUUGUGUGCAAAAUUUGAGAGAGAUACACUUUUUGUGCAUAUGGGACCAACACUUUACACGUUGCGUUUAUAUUUUUGUUCAGUGUACUUAACAAAAGGCACAUCUCAAUAGGUGGUCCAGGUAAGUCAUGACAUAGCACAAGUGGGGGGUGGGCCUUUCCUCUUUUGUUCUCUAUUGCUCCUCUAUUAUUCCUCAAGCAAGGGAGAGGCCGAUGACAUCAUGGAUUCCCAUCAGAUCAACUUUUUGAAUGCCCUACUCAUUGAAGUUUGCAGGUGUCUAAAAAACACUAUUUUGAUCAACUUAUUUGUUUACCCUUUAGUGUGUAUACUUUACUGUAUUUAUACUUGGGAUAUCACUUUUGAACAGUAAACUGGCACUAUGUUAGACCCACAAGUCUAACACAGUGCCAGUUAUAUGCCACACCCUCAUUCCCCUUUAAUGCACCCUGCUGGUCAACCAUAUGAUUGAAAUAGCCCUGUGCAAGCUGCUGCACUGAUUUAUUUUUAUUUAUUUGGUUUUGGCCUUUACCAGAAGCCCCAGAGUUAUGUAAGAAGCACUGAAUCCAAUUUUUUCUUGUGCUCUAUUAAAUAACUACUCCAUUUCCUAAAAUAGUAAUUGGGCCCUGUCUAUAAACUAACCUGGCCUGUCCCCUUCUCCUUAGGGGGAUGAUGUCCACACCUAUAAUCUCAGGCGCUACCCAAAAUUCUUACUUGCAGGUUCCUAAUCGACAAUGCAACAAUAAGAAAUAAUAAAAGAAAAGACUACGAACAUAAAGUAAAUGGCUCAGUAGAUUUGUUUUGUUUUGCGUAAGGUAAUACAGGAAGGCACAAUUUAUAGUCCAAUAUUUACAUGUGCAAGGGAGCACAGCAGAGACCGCUGCAAACAGCUAGCGCUAGCCAGGGGUCUUGUUAAAGGAGCCUGCUGUUAGUUGCCCUUGGAAUUGCUAAUGCCAGAUUAUCUGCUAUCAAGCCCAUUUUAUCUGAAAUCUCAGGGAAUGGAGGACUGAGAUGGGCAAGCUAGAUGUCAGCUGAUUGCAUCUGUAGUUGUUUGCAUAGCGUUGUUCGCGCACACAUUAGGGUUGAUGUCAAUACUAAAGCUCGACCGAAAUGGGAUUUUUUAUCCGAUUCCUAUUUUAGAGUGGAAAUAUUAGCCGAUAACUGAUAAAUCUGCCGCGGGACUUGUCAGGGAGUAGUCCAAACUCACGUUUUUGACAACGUGAGUUUGUCGUUGUUUUCCAGCUGGCUAGCAUAAGGCAGCUCAGUUUUCAGAGGCUAAUUUUUAGCUGGAAUCAGUGAAGUUUAUCCUCCUUUCACUACAGUAACAGUUUUUCCCCAUGAAAAAAAUAUUGUCUUUCUGGUGCUCCUACAUUUUAUGUGGUGCUUACAUUAAUGUGCUUUCCUCAAAAUUAUGUUGGUAAGCAGUUUAUAAUAGCAAUAAGGUACCUCAGGGUUUUGUUAGCAUAUACCCAUGCUAAGGUAUAUUGGCCAUAUACCACACCACCUCAGGCCUUAUUGCUUUAUAAACUGCUUACCAACAUAAUUAGACCAGUAAAUAGUAAAUAUUUUCAUGCCCAUGGUAUACGUUCUGAUAUACCACGGCUAUUAAAUAUAACACACCAGAUUUUGCGGGCUUCCCUAAAGGGCUGUAACGUUACCACAGAGUUGAACGUUCUUAGCACGGCACUUGCUUUACAUUUAGGCCUAGCAUCCGUUGUUUGUCACGACACCCAUGACACUUCACUUAACAGUAUAUGACACUUUAUUGAGCUGGAAAGCUUCUAUCUACUCAGCGCUCACCGUAGAAGCACUAACAGUUAGUUCACAGUAGUUCAUUCUCCUCUCCGACUGGUUUAGUUGCGUUGGGACAUAGUGUCCAGUAUUGCUGUAGCACGUCAAGGCAAGAUAGGCUUAUAGCCAUGUAAAAAAUAGCCCGCUUUUUUUCAGAGUGUUUUCUCCAUCUCAUAUCGGUCCUUUUUGGUGAAUUUAAACGCUGAUACAAAUAAAUCUGUAACAAACUAAUCGGCCGAUUUAAUACCGGUCAACCGAUAAAUCGUUCGGGCUCUAGUCAAUACUUGUGUGCACGUGGCUAGUUGCCCACUGUAUAUUAUGACAAUUAGCAUCUACUCUUUCACACAAGUGGCUUUGAUGGCUUGUUGCCGGAGGGUGGCUCUAACGUGCCCCAUGCGCCCUCCCUCUUUCAGACACCCCCAGCAUCACAGCCAAGCUGAUCAAUGAGCAGAAAGAGGACAAGGAGAAGAAGAAUCAUGAGGAGAAGAUGAAGACCGACAGCGGUUUCCAGGACAACUACAGUGUCGUCGUGGCCUCAGGUACACGUUUGGCCGCCGCCUCCUCACAAACCCUCACUGCAUCCCUUCCCUCCCAAGCCUGCCAAUCAUUGUGGCUUAGCAGGAAUAGAUUAAUUAAUUGAUUCUAAAGCACCAAUUAGAGGGCAGGGAUUGUUUUGCUGAAAGCUGGGCUUCCAGCCCUAUGUUGAGCUCCUGCACCGAAUGUAAAUGAAUGUAAACGAUUGGUCUACUUGUAUAUGGAAAAAAGUCCUUGAAUAAAUAGAAAAAUUGGCUAAAUAUCCCAAAUGUAAUCAAGUAUUUAGCUUAAAAUAUUUACAUAGUGUUUGAUAAGAAGCACUAGCCAGAAGUGCACACCUCUGGAAUCACAUUCAUUAGCAUGUAAAAGUCAAUUUUACAUGUUAAAAUGACUGGAGUGUGUUUCCCUUUCAGGCUUGAAGUCCCAGUCGAAGAGAGCCCUGUCAACCCCUCCCCGUCCCCCUUCGCGGAGGGGCCGUGUGAUGAGCGACAAGCUGACAGCCGCCUCAGGUGUGGACCCCUCUGCCAAAACUCUCAGCGUGCCUGUCUUCCACCUCUACCACAAGCUGCUACCAGGUACUGUGUACACACACACAGCUCCCCUCCUCUCUCCAGCACCCCCCCCUCCGCCAAGUGAAGCCUAUUCAUCCGACGAAGCAAAUUCAUUGAGCCAGUGUGCCGGAGUGUCCUUUGGCUUGUUCUAGUCUGUAGUGCUGUGACCCUGGGGUGUCAAGGGAAACGGAAGUAGCCUUAGUUGGAACAGCUCAUAGGAGUAGCAGCCUAUCUCCUGUUUCUGUAGAGUGAGGCAGCUUGAUGUACAAGUACACCCCCAAUCUAUCUCCUUAAUUCUGAGUGUCGAGCAGAGACUCAUCGGGUCCCAUUUUUACAGUCUUUGGUAUGACUCGGCCGAGGAUCGAACUCACAACCGAAUCUCAUGGCGGACACUAAUCACAAAGCCACUGAGUUGGUAAACGUGCCUAUGUUUAUCCAGCGGUUGAUACUUUAGACAUUGUCAGUACUGAAAAUCACAGCCAGCAAGAUCCAAGUUUUACCUAACUCUGGGAAGAUAAGCAAAGACAUGAUCAGACCUUCGUUUGCAAAGAUAAACAUUUACUGUGGGCAAAAGCAGCACUCCAUACAUGAUGUCUUGUCUUCACAUGUAGUCAUUGUUAUAUAGGUCACUAGCCCUCAUGUCACGUGUUUUCUGUCCCUCUGGGCCUGGUAGUGUGACGAGAGUGACCACAAGGCUUUGGUUCCUUACUGUGAAUGCUGUGUCUCGUCCCUCCACCCCCCUUCAGGUCAGCCCCUGCCGGCAGAGAUGACACUGGCCCAGCUGUUGACCCUGCUUUACGACCGCAAGCUACCCCAGGGCUACCACUCAAUCGACUUGACCGUCAAGCUGGGUUCCAAGGUCAUCUCCGACCCCGGCCUCUCGAAGACUGACUCCUUCAAACGGCUCCGCACAGAGAAAGGUAUGGCAGAGCACGCACGUACACACUAGACAUACAAUCGCACACUUGCAUUCAGACAUACACUACAUGACCAAAACUAUGUGGACACCUGCUUGUCCAACAUCUCAUUCCAAAAUCUUGGACAUUAAUAUGGAGUUGGUCCCCCCUUUGCUGCUAUAACAGUCCCUACUCUUUUGGGAAGGCUUUCCACUAGAUGAUGGAACAUUGCUGUAGGGACUUGCUUCCAUUCAGCCACAAUAGCAUUAGUGAGGUCGGGCACUGAUGUUGGGCGAUUAGGCCUGGCUCGCUGUCGGUGUUCCAAUUCAUCCCAAAGGUGUUCGAUGGGGUUGAGGUCAGGGCUCUGUGCAGGCCAGUCAAGUUCUUCCAAAUCGAUCUCGACAAACCAUUUCUGUAUGGACCUCGCUUUGUGCACAGGGGCAUUGUCAUGCUAAAACAGGAAAGGGCCUUCCCCAAACUGUUGCUACAAAAUUGGAAGCACAGAAUCGUCUAGAAUGUCAUUGUCAUUAUUCCUCCUCCACCAAACGUUACUGUUGGCACUAUGUAUUGGUGCAGGUAGCGUUCUCCUGGUAUCCGCCAAACCCAGAUUACUUAGUCGAACUGCUAGAUGGUGAAGCGUGAUUCAUCACUCCAGAGAACAUGUUUCCACUGCUUCAGAGUCCAAUGGCAGUGAGCUUUACACCACUCCAGGCGACGCUUGGCAUUGCGCAUGGUGAUCUUAGGCUUGUGUGCGGCCGACUCUCCCGACGAACAGUUCUUGUGGUGACUUUGCUUCCAGAGGCAGUUUAACUCGGCAGUGACUGUUGCAACUGAGGACAGACCAUUUUUACGUGCUUCAGCACUCAGCUGUCCCAUUCUGUGAGCUUGUGUGGCCUAUCACUUCGCGGCUGAGCCGUUGUUGCUCCUAGACGUUUCCACUUCUCAAUAACAGCACUUACAGUUGACCGGGGCAGCUCUAGCAGGGCAGAAAUUUGACGAACUGACUUGUUGGAAAGGUGGAUUCCUAUGUUGGUGCCAUGUUAAAAAUCACUGAGCACUUCAGUAAGGCCAUUCUACUGCCAAUGUUUGUCUAUGGAGAUUGCAUGGCUGUGUGCUCGAUUUGUAUACACCUGUCAGCAACGGGUGUGGCUGAAAUAGCAGAAUCCACUAAUUUGAAGGGGUGUCCACAUACUUUUAUUUAUAUAUAUAUAUAUAUAUAUAUAUAUCCCUCUGUCUGACAUUUGUCCUCUUGCUAUGUAGUUAGUGUGUAAAGUGAGCCCAAACCGCUCUCUCCAUGGGUCCCCUGACAGCCCAUUCCACAGAGGGAUUAAUGGCUCUCCCCCUCCACUGCCAUCCAUUUCUCUGUCUGAGCGCUGGGCCUCAGUCUCCUGAGAUGUCAUCAGGUGCCAUUACCAUUCUGUGUAACAGGUGGCCCAGUGUGAGAUGUGCAUUUUCAAAAUGGCACCAACACAGUCACUGCGCUUUUUCACUGUUGAGUAAUGGGGCUAAGGGAGCAAGUGUGUAUCCAUUUCUACAAUGAUGCUGUUGGCCUUCUCUCGCUCUUGGGCCGGGGUUCACUUCAGAUAGAAAGCUAUUAUGUUAUGAUCAUAAAUUGGCCAUGUUGACUACAAUGUAAGAGAAAGAUGGAAGGAGGCUUGAAAAUGGUGUGGGUGCCUCUUAAUGGCUUUAGCUGUAAUAAAUGCAGGCCAGUGCCUUCAGUCUUGUUCCAUCAAGUUCCGUUAGAAUCUAAUGGAGUUAUUUUGGACCCCGCUUUUAUCACCUAUUACCUCGCGUUCCUGCUUCGAAAGAAAAGCUCUGAUGGUUGAAAGCUCCCAGAGCGAUCUGACUCAUGACCACCCAAUCAGAUUCCGCCCUCUACUUUUAAACUCGACUUGUUCACAAAGCUGUUUUAGCCCCUUGACGUUGUGGAAACAUUUAUACAAGAUUCAUGUCCUCUGUUAAUGUCACUUUAACAUCUAUAUGAGAUUCAUGUCUUGUAUAGAUUUAAACUAACGUACUACGCUCCAUGUAAUGGUUUUAUGUGGUGUGGUAAAUGUUAUUACGGUCACCCUUUCAGGAUUGCGUUAGAACAGUAUUUUAGGGGUGAUGUACUAUAUUUAGCUGCAAGGGGUGACGUAGUGAAGCUGAACUAAUAGCUGACAAAGCGACUCCAAGUUAAGGUGUUUGCUCUUACUAAUGUGUGAAGACAAGUGUAGUCCAAACUAAUCUGAUUAAAAAAAUCCACUUUACCCUAUGAUUCCAUACGAGUCACUCGAAUCAGGGCUAAAUCCCAUGUAGUUUCCACUGGCUCUGCAGUGAGACAUUGUUUGCAGUAAGAUAUUGUUUGCUUUAUACAGAAACCCACUUUAGUGCUUUUUUUUCUCUCUUACUGCAGGCUUGUUUUGCCAUUGUAAAGAGAGCCCAUGCUUGGUAGCACUGCUACAAAGCCCAGUGCCGGUCUCUCUGUCAGUGUGGAUGUUGAUUCUCCCCAGUGGCAGUUCACAGCCUGUAUGCUGCCCCUGGGGCUAAUUGUUAACACUAGCAGCCACCACCUACAGUCCAAGCAGUGGAGGGCAUCAACUCCUCCCUGCAAUGCACCCUCUUCUUCCACACCUCAGUCCUAUCUGUCAGUCACACAGGAUGACUUGUCCAUCCCCCUGUUGGGUGAGAUAUUUUAAAAGGCAAUGACUGUCAAUCUGAUCUGCCACCCUACUCCUAGAACAGUAGGCUGUUGUUAGUGGUUACACAAGAUGGGAGGCCGGUGACCUGCAUGUUAUCUGCUAAUGAAAGUCUGUCCAGCUCCAAACCCGUUAAACCAAUACUGUUUUCAGCCAGACACUAACCACCUGAUUAGGUCAAUCAUUGUCUUCAUCGAACCAAUUUAGUUUCACCGCCGCACUCUCAGAGUUCAGAUAAUUAGUUGAGGUGUAUAGAUUAGAAACUGCCUGGAGCAGGCUGAAGCCUGCCAACGCUAUAUAUUCAGCACCACUGCUUUCAUCUCUGGUCUGGGGUAAAGGAGCACUUCAUGGUAAAGGGUAUUGUUCAGUGGAUACACAUUUUCAACAUGAGGUUGUGGCGCAUCUUUAAUUGUUUUUGACAAACCUCGGCCCCAUUGCUCUUUGUGCUUAACUACAUACUUGACUGUGCAGUAAAAUGCAUGUCUGACAACACUUACUUCAUAGCUCACCUACAACUUCCCCAAAUAGCUUCCGAUACCGUCACUUCCCAAAACAAAUAAUUCAGGAAUCUUUUGUCUCGAGACUCAUUGAGGCUGAUAAAUGGGGAGGAGAGCAGUGACCUUCACUAACAGUCCUGCGAGAGAGAGAGAGAGAGAGAGAGAGAGAGAGAGGGAGGGGGGGUGAAAUGGGGAGAGAUCUCUUAAACCUGCGCGGAGGCUUUGACCAGGGGGAGCUUUACAUAAUCCAUUUACCAGGCUCAGCCCCACUAACUGCCAUCCACUGAACUGAAGACGGGUACAUGGAGAGAUCUAGCCCCAGCCCCCUUAAAAGCCUUCAACUUCCGCAAAUAGGCCAGGCCUUUUAGAGCUAAAUGGGUUUUGUCCCUCUAACCAUUUUUAGGUUUCUAGGUCUACUCCAUAGAGAUAGAUAGAGAACUCUAGUGCCCAAAAGCCCUUUUUAGCAUGGGCAGCACCGUUGAGGACUUUCACCAUUUUGAAGUAGUUAACUGGGUGGGACUUCAUAUGGCAGGGAUCAACUAGAUUCAGCCGCAGGCCGUUUUUCUUCUUCUUGAGCGGAUCGUUGGGGGGCCGGAAUAUAAUUACACAUUUGUAGACUGCAAGUUGACCGCAAGAAGCCCAAAUAUGCAGUGCCUUCGGAAAAUGUUCAGUCCCCUUGACUUUUUCCACAUUUUGUUAGGUUACACCCUUAAUCUAAAAUGUAUUCAAUUGUUUAUUUUCCUUAUCAAUCUACACACAAUACCCCAUAAUGACAAAGCAAAAACAGGUUUUUAGACAUUUUUGCUAAUUUAUAAAAAAAAUAAUAAACUGAAAUAUCACAUUUACAUAACUAUUCAGACCAUUUACUCAGUACUUUGUUGAAGCACCUUUGGCAGCGAUUACUGCCUCGAGUCUUCUUGGGUAUGACGCUACAAGCUUGGCACACCUGUAUUUGGGGAGUUUCUCCCAUUCUUCUCUGCAGAUCCUCGCAAGCUCUGUCAGGUUGGAUGGGGAUGUCGCUGCACAGCUAUUUUCAGGUCUCUCCAGAGAUGUUCGAUCAGGUUCAAGUCCCUUCUCUGGCUGGGCCACUCAAGGACAUUCAGAGACUUGUCCCGAAGCCACUCCUGCGUUGUCUUGGCUGUGUGCUUAGGGUCGUUGUCCUCUUGGAAGGUGAACCUUCGCCCCAGUCUGAGGUCCUGAGCACUCUGGAGCAGGUUUUCAUCAAGGAUCUCUCUGUACUUUGCUCCGUUCAUCUUUGCCUUGAUCCUGACUAUUGUCCCAGUCCCUGCCGCUGAAGAACAUCCCCACAGCAUGAUGCUGCCACCACCAUGCUUCACCGUAGGGAUGGUGCCAGGUUUCCUCCAGACGUGACGCUUGGCAUUCAGGCCAAGGAGUUCAAUCUUGGUUUCAUCAGACUAGAGAAUCUUGUUUCAUGUUCUGAGAGUCUUUAGGUGCCUUUUGGCAAACUCCAAGGGGGCUGUCGUGCCUUUUACUGAGGAGUGGCUUCCGUCUGGCCACUCUACCAUAAAGGCCUGAUUGGUGGAGUGCUGCAGAGAUGGUUGUCCUUCUGGAAGGUUCUCCCAUCUCCACAGAGGAGCUCUGUCAGAAUGACCUUGGGUUCUUGGUCACCUCCCUGACCAAGGCCCUUCUCCCCCGAUUGCUCAGUUUGGCCGGGCGGCCAGCUCUAGGAAGAGUCUUGGUAGUUCCAAACUUCUUCCAUUUAAGAAUGAUGGAGGCCACUGUGUUCUUGUGGACCUUCCAAUGCUGCAGAAAUGAUUUGGUACCCUUCCCCAGAUCUGUGCCUCGACACAAUCCUGUCUCGGAGCUCUGCGGACAAUUCCUUCAACCUCAUGGCUUGGUUUUUGCUCUGACAUGCACUGUCAACUGUGGGACCUUAUAUAGACAGGUGUGUGCCUUUCCAAAUCAUGUCCAAUCAAUUGAAUUUACCACAGGUGGACUACAAUCAAGUUGUAGAAACAUCUCAAGGAUGAUCAAUGGAAACAGGAUGCAUCUGAAUUCAGUUUCGAGUCUCAUAGCAAAGGGUCUGAAUACUUAUGUAAAUAAGGUAUUUCUUUUUUAUUUUCAAUAAAUUUGUAAACAUUUCUAAAAACCUGUUUUGGCUUUGUCAUUAUGGGGUAUUGUGUGUAUUUUACUGAGGAUGUUUUAUUUAAUCCAUUUUAGAUUUAGGCUAUAAUGUAACAAAAUGUGGAAAAGGUCAAGGGGUCUGAAUACUUUCCGAAGGCACUGUAUAUAAUAUUUGACUAAAACAUAUUUUCAAAGCUUGCUUACAUUUGCAGUGGUGGAAAAAGUACCCAAUUGUCAUACUUGAGUAAAAGUAAACAUACCUAAAUAGAAAAUGACUCAAGUUAAAGUCACCCAGUAAAAUACUGCUUGUGUAAAAGUCUAAAAGUAUUGGGUUUUAAAUAUAUAAGUAUCAAAAGUAUAAAUAAUUUCACCUUCCUUAUAUUAAGCUGUAAAAAAUAAAGAAAAACCCUUGAAUGAGUAGGUGUCAACUUUUGACUGGUAGUGUAUAUAUUUUUUUUUUCCCGGUGAGUCAGGGGAACACUAAUACGCAGACAUAAUUUACAAACGAAGCAUUUGUGUUCAGAUCAGAGGCAUUAGGGAUGACCAGGGAUGUUCUCUUGAUAAGUGUGUGAAUUGGACACCUUUUCUGUCCUGCUAAGCAUUCAAAAUGUAACUAGUACUUUUGGGAGUCAUGUAUGGAGUAAAAAGUUAAUUAUUUUCUUUAGGACUGUGGUGGAGUAGAAGUAGUCAAAAAUAUAAAUAGAAAGUACAGAUGCGCCAAAAACUACUUAAGUAGUACAUUGAAGACGAUUUUGUGUCACUCUUAUGCGUGUGAAUAAAUGUCCAAAAUUAAAAUCACUUGGAGCUUAUUUCGUGGUGUUUUUAGUCUUAUGUCCAACAAUAAAAAUCCCCUCUCCCCCAAAAUGUUUUAUUUUUUGCUCAGAAAACUUGGGGGGCCAAAUUCGGUCCGCACACCGCCAGUUGGGGAACCAUGUCAUAUGGGUUAAGGAAGGAUCACAUAAUUCCAUCCAGGUCACCAGGCGGGACCAGUCAAUGAAUUAUACUCCUGAGGAAACAUUCCGUAACUGCAGGUGGCAGUAAAUCACCAACCUUGGCUUUUUAUACCUGUUCAAACAACACACUCUAGGUGGCAGUGUGCACCAUUUCAGUUUGUUUGCCAACUCAUAGAAGUAGUAGAAGAAGAACAUUGACUACGCCAUAAUGGGACAGAGACACUGAUGUUAUGUUUAUCUAAGUCGAUGGCCUACCCUUGAUUUAUCACUUGGAACUCUCUGUAAAAUAGGCCUAUGUUUGUUCUUGAGCAGAACUAUAGAAUUCCUUGUCGUUCACAAUUUGUUAUCUUUCUCGCAGAUCUUAUCUGAUAUGCUCCCCUGAAGUCUAAUGAUACCCUUUUUCCCUUGCCUUUUUGGUUGCAUUUGAAAUGUAACCAUAACUCACUGGGAUGAUGUUAAGAUAUUAUCUGGGUAGCCCAGUCUCUUCUUGCGGCCUGCCGUCUAAAGGGAUUUUCCCCCUCCUCCUUGUAGUGAAUAAAAAAAUCACGAGGGUUGUGACUAAUAGGGUUUGUAACAGGCCCGUUCUGUCUGGAAUUCCAAAUCAGGAUUAGACGUGAUGGAGAGGGAACCGCUCAUCUUUCAGUAGCAAUUAAUCAUUUAUUUUAUUUUCUUCUCCAGGAGGGAUGAUGUGCAGCUUUUUGUAGAUGACCUAUCAAUCGACUGGGGCUUCAUAUCGUCAUAAAACAGGCCGGCCGUGCCGCAGAAUGAAAAUGAUAAUGGGGAGCUAUUUUUACCCUCCGUUCCAUUUUGUUUUUAUUUUGUCUACAGAACCACACCCCUGACGUGCAAACAAGGACAAGUAGUCUGUGCCCUUGAUUCUGUUUUAAUCAGUGUGCACUUCAUCUGGUAGUGGCACAUCCCUUUUUCCAAGUGCAACCAUUAGCCCAUAUUUACACAUUCACAUAUAAAAAUUGAAAUGGGACUCAUCCCCUUACAGUUGAAGUCGGAAGUUUACAUACACCUUAGCCAAAAACAUUUAAACUCAGUUUUUCACAAUUCCUGACAUUUAAUCCUAGUAAAAAUUCCCUGUCUUAGGUCAGUUAGGAUCACCACUUUAUUUUAAGAAUGUGAAAUGUCAGAAUAAUAGUAGAGAGAAUUAUUUAUUUCAGCUUUCAUUUCUUUCAUCACAUUCCCAGUGGGUCAGAAGUUUACAUACACUCAAUUAGUAUUUGGUAGCAUUGCCUUUAAAUUGUUUAACUUGGGUCAAACGUUUCGGGUAGCCUUCCACAAGCUUCCCACAAUAAGUUGGGUGAAUUUUGGCCCAUUCCUCCUGACAGAGCUGGAGUAACUGAGUCAGGUUUGUAGGCCUCCUUGCUUGCACACGCCUUUUCAGUUCUGCCCACAAAUGUUCUAUAGGAUUGAGGUCAGGGCUUUGUGAUGGCCACUCCAAUACCUUGACUUUGUUGUCCUUAAGCCAUUUUGCCACAACUUUGGAAGUAUGCUUGGGGUCAUUGUCCAUUUGGAAGACCCAUUUGCAACCAAGCUUUAACUUCCUGACUGAUGUCUUGAGAUGUUGCUUCAAUAUAUCCACAUAAUUUUCCUUACUCGUGAUGCCAUCUAUUUUGUGAAGUGCACCAGUCCCUCCUGCAGCAAAGCACCCCCACAGCAUGAUGCUGCCACCCCCGUGCUUCACGGUUGGGAUGGUGUUCUUCGGCUUGCAAGCGUUCCCCUUUUUCCUCCAAACAUAACGAUGGUCAUUAUGGCCAAACAGUUCUAUUUUUGUUUCAUCAGACCAGAGGACAUUUCUCCAAAAAGUAAGAUCUUUGUCCCCAUGUGCAGUUGCAAACCGUAGUCUGGCUUUUUUAUGGCGGUUUUGGAGCAGUGGCUUCUUCCUUGCUGAGUAGCCUUUCAGGUUAUGUCGAUAUAGGACUAGUUUUACUGUAGAUAUAGAUACUUUUGUACCUGUUUCCUCCAGCAUCUUCACAUGGUCCUUUGCUGCUAUUCUGGGAAUUAUUUGCACUUUUCGCACCAAAGUACGUUCAUCUCUAGGAGACAGAACGCGUCUCCUUCCUGAGCGGUAUGACGGCUGCGUGGUCCCAUGGUGUUUAUACUUGCGUACUAUUGUUUGUACAGAUGUACGUGGUACCUUCAGGCGUUUGGAAAUUGCUCCCAAGGAUGAACCAGACUUGUGGAGGUCUACCAUUUUUUUUUCUGAGGUCUUGGCUGAUUUAUUUUGAUUUUCCCAUGAUGUCAUGCAAAGAGGCACUGAGUUUGAAGGUAGGCCUUGAAAUACAUCCACAGGUACACCUCCAAUUGACUCAAAUUAUGUAAAUUGCCUCUCAGAAGCUUCUAAAGCCAUGACAUAAUUUUCUAGAAUUUUCCAACCUGUUUAAAGGCACAGUCAACUUAGUGUAUGUAAACUUCUGACCCACUGGAAUUGUGAUACAGUGAAUUAUAAGUGAAAUAAUCUGUCUGUAAACAAUUGUUGGAAAAAUUACUUGUCAUGCACAAAGUAGAUGUCCUAACCGACUUGCCAAAACUAUAGUUUGUUAACAAGAAAUGUGUGGAGUGGUUGAAAAACGAGUUUUAAUGACUCCAACCUAAGUGUAUGUAAACUUCCGACUUCAACUGUAUGUCUGGAAAACUGGUGCCAGUUUCUUCUCUCUCUCUUCUUGGUUGCUUGAACUUGAUAAAUGAAUAGUGAUAGUUCUGUUUUUUUUCCCCCUCUCUCAAUCUUCUAAUGAGGGAUGAGUUAUGAGAAAUUAUUUAUCUCAUUAGGUGUCUGAGAUGUAAACGAUGUUCCUCUUUGCAGGGCAUCCCAUUAUUUACUUGUCAUGAUUGGUUGAGUGCGGCACACAGAAGAACACAAGCCACAUAGAAAAUACAUAGUGUCAGUGAGAACCCUCUUCUGCUUUUCCCUCCUCCAGUGGAACACUGUGACAUGCUGAGUAGCUGUCCAGAGGACGAGCCCAUGACCCCGGGAGACGAGUGUUUGGACGCAGCCAUCGAUGAGUCCCUGCUCGAGACCAACCCCAUCCAGUCGCCCCUGCAGGUGUUUGCAGGCAUGGGUGGUCUGGCCCUGAUCGCUGAGAGGCUGCCAAUGCUCUACCCAGACAUCAUCCAACAGGUUUGGCUGCUUCAUAACUAACUAAUACCAGCACCAGUAAAAUACCACUUUCACAACUUGCUUAAUUGGGGAGUUAUUUAAUUGUAGUCCUACAAUGUUAAGCCAAUUUUCUAGAUAUUAUGUUUAGAUAUAGCAUAUAAUUUAGAGCCCAAUACUUAAGAAAUUCAAGCUACCUUUGCUACAUAGAAAGUCCAAUGCAGAUCUGAAGUUGCCAAGGUAGUGUCGUGUCUCUUCUCUGGGUUCAGCCUGUUGAGAGGCAUGGCAAGUCACUGUUUGCCAUUCAGUUUAAAUCCGUAUUUGUCUCUUCUGGGCUCCCCCGGUGCUACAUUAUUCCUCCUAAAUGAAAGUAAAUUGAUACUUUAAACGGUAAUUGAGAGCACGUAGCGACAAGGUGACUAGCUGGAAUGGCUUCUGAGAGCUGCCAGAUACUAAAUCUGUUUUGUUUUGUUAUUUUCUCCCCCCUUCCAAAUUGUUGCAGCGAAUUGAAUUAUUCAGGCAGUCUCCCAGAGCUACUGGUGGUUUGAAGCAGACGCCCCAUGAGGGCUACCAAGUGAGAUGAUUUGUUUUGUACUUAGCAUUGUGAUGAAUAUGAAGCAUAUACAUGAUUGGUCAUUGAUUGGUUGACCAUAUCCCCCUCUCAACAAUAUAUUACAUGAUUCUGCAUUAGUUUAACCCUUUGUAUGCCUCUGGAUAGUGUUUUUAGAGCACGCUCUUAAGGUUUUGAAUAAUUGAAGUGUUAUGCUCUCAUCCUGAGUGUGACUGUUAGCAAAGUAAACUUAAGGCAUCGAUGCAGGUGAGGCUUUUCUGUUUACCCAAUACUGACCCUGUGUAGGGUUUUCUGAUGGGUUAGCCAAACAGCCCAGGUCUGUAUCUUUUGUCCCACUCAUGUUUAGCUGUUUACUUACAGCACAUCUUGUUCCUGGAGAUCCAUUCUGGCUUUUAGUGCAGCUAAGCUUGAAUUGAUUACAUUGAUCACAACUAAGCACAAAAUAACUUUGUUUCUCUGCAGUGCUGCAGCUCUGAUACUUGCCUUCAUCUUAAGAACACUGGACACAACAAAAAAAAAACACUCACUGUAACAGGGGCCCAAACGUUGUGAGGGCUGGUACAGUGCCUUCAAAAUGUUUUCACACCCCUUGACUUUUUCCACAUUUUGUUGUGUUACAGCCUGAAUUUAACAUUGAUAAAAUUUAGAUUUGUUUUUCACUGGCCUACACAUUACCCCAUAAUGUCAAAGUGGAAUUAUUUUUAGAUAUUUGUACAAAUUAAUAAAAAGGAAAAGCUGAAAUGUCUUAAGUCAGUAAGUAUUCAACCCCUUUGUUAUGGCAAGCCUAAAUACGUUCGGGAGUAAAAAUGUGCUUAACAAGUCACAUAUAUUGCAUGGACUCUGUGUGCAAUAAUAGUGUUUACCAUGAUUUUUGAAUGACUACCUCAUCUCUGUAACCCACACAUACAAUUAUCUGUAAGGUCCCUCAGUCGAGCAGUGAAUUCAAAAACAGAUUAAACCACAAAGACCAGGGGAGGUUUUCCAAUGUAUUGGUAGAUGGGUAAAAAAACAAAACAAAAACAGACAUUGAAUGUCCCUUUGACUAUGGUGAAGUGAUUAAUUACACUUUUGGAUGGUGUAUCAAUACACCCAGUCACUACAGAGAAACAAACGUCCUUCCUAACUCAGUUACAGGAGAGGAAGGAAACUGCUCAGGGAUUUCACCAUGAGGCCAAUGGUGACUUUAAAACGGCUACAGAGUUUUAAAUGUCUGUGAUAGGAGAAAACUGAGGAUGGAUCAUCAACAUUAUAGCUACUCCACAAUACUAACCUAAUUGACGGAGUGAAAAGGAAGCCUGUACAAAUUUUUUAAAUCAAAAAUGCAUCCUGUUUGCAACAAGGCACUAAAGUAAUACUCCAAAAAUUGUGGCAAAACAAUUCACUUUUUGUCCUGAAUACAAAGUGUUGUUUUUUCUUUUUCUUAUUUUUUAGGGGGUAGAUCAGCUUUAAUAUUGCAGAUAGAUUGUAACUUCCAUCAAUAAUUGUCUGCAUCACUUCCAAUCCCCCAUGUUUUUUUUCUUCUCGCAAAUAUAUAUACACUGCUCAAGAAAAUAAAGGGAACACUUAAACAACACAUCCUAGAUCUGAAUGAAUGAAAUAAUCUUAUUAAAUACUUUUUUCUUUACAUAAUUGAAUGUGCUGACAACACAAUCACACAAAAAUUAUCAAUGGAAAUCAAAUGUAUCAACCCAUGGAGGUCUGGAUUUGGAGUCACCCUCAAAAUUAAAGUGGAAAACCACACUACAGGCUGAUCCAACUUUGAUGUAAUGUCCUUAAAACAAGUAAAAUGAGGCUCAGUAGUGUGUGUGGCCUCCAUGUGCAUGUAUGACCUCCCUACAACGCCUGGGCAUGCUCCUGAUGAGGUGGCGGAUGGUCUCCUGAGGGAUCUCCUCCCAGACCUGGACUAAAGCAUCCGCCAACUCCUGGACAGUCUGUGGUGCAAUGUGGCGUUGGUGGAUGGAGCGAGACAUGAUGUCCCAGAUGUGCUCAAUUGGAUUCAGGUCUGGGGAAUGGGCGGGCCAGUCCAUAGCAUCAAUGCCUUCCUCUUGCAGGAACUGCUGACACUCCAGCCACAUGAGGUCUAGCAUUGUCUUGCAUUAGGAGGAACCCAGGGCCAACCGCACCAGCAUAUGGUCUCAGAAGGGGUCUGAGGAUCUCAUCUCGGUACCUAAUGGCAGUCAGGCUACCUCUAGCGAGCACAUGGAGGGCUGUGCGGCCCCCCAAAGAAAUGCCACCCCACACCAUGACUGACCCACCGCCAAACCGGUCAUGCUGGAGGAUGUUGCAGGCAGCAGAACGUUCUCCACGGCGUCUCCAGACUCUGUCACGUCUGUCACGUGCUCAGUGUGAACCUGCUUUCAUCUGUGAAGAGCACAGGGCGCCAGUGGUUAAUUUGCCAAUCUUGGUGUUCUCUGGCAAAUGCCAAAUGUCCUGCACGGUGUUGGGCUGUAAGCACAACCCCCACCUGUGGACGUCGGGCCCUCAUACCACCCUCAUGGAGUCUGUUUCUGACCGUUUGAGCAGACACAUGCACAUUUGUGGCCUGCUGGAGGUCAUUUUGCAGGGCUCUUGCAGUGCUCCUCCUGCUCCUCCUCUGGAGGUAGCAGUCCUGCUGCUGGGUUGUUGCCCUCCUACGGCCUCCUCCACGUCUCCUGAUGUACUGGCCUGUCUCCUGGUAGAGCCUCCAUGCUCUGGACAUUAUGCUGACAGACACAGCAAACCUUCUUGCCACAGCUCGAAUUGAUGUGCCAUCCUGGAUGAGCUGCACUACCUGAGCUACUUAUGUGUGUUGUAGACUCCGUCUCAUGCUACCACUAGAGUGAAAGCACCGCCAGCAUUCAAAAGUGACCAAAAAAUCAGCCAGGAAGCAUAGGAACUGAGAAGUGGUCUGUGGUCACCACCUGCAGAACCACUACUUUAUUGGGGGUGUCUUGCUAAUUGCCUAUAAUUUCCACCUGUUGUCUAUUCCAUUUGCACAACAGCAUGUGACAUUUAUUGUCAAUCAGUGUUGCUUCCUAAGUGGACAGUUUGAUUUCACAGAAGUGUGAUUGACUUGGAGUUACAUUGUGUUGUUUAAGUGUUCCCUUUAUUUUUAUGAGCAGUGUGUAUGUAUAUAUAUAUAUAUAUAUCCUUUAAAAAAAUAUAUUUCCCUUUAUUACUUUCCAACCCCACCACCCCUUCCCUAAUUGGACUAAACUAGUGAACAACAGCGCUUAGGCCUCUACUUCCAGCUUAUACAUACUAUAUAAAUUUUAUGGACACAGUCAAUUUGACAAUAAUUAUAUUUUGUUUGUUUUUACUCCUGAACUUCCUUUACCCUCAACCUCCGAUCAUUUUCAUGAUGUCCAUCCGGUUUGCUUCUAUAUGCCAUAUCUUUCUAACUGUGCUCUUUCACAAAAGCUCUCAACCUAUAACUUAUAUACUUAUUAUGGACACAGUAUGCUUUACAUUAGUUAUCAGUAUGAAAAUGUAUGCACUCACUACCUGUAAGUCGCUCUGGAUAAGAGCGUCUGCUAAAUGACUAAAAAAAUAUUUAAAAAUAUAUAUAUAUCUUGUUGUUAUUAGUCCCAUCCUUCAACUUCAUUCAACACCAACCAUCUAUCUCUUAACACUACAAAGUGUUAUGUUAGGGGCAAAUCCAAUACAAGACAUUACUGAUUACCACUCUCCAUAUUUUCAAGCAUAGUGAUGGCUGCAUCAUGCUAUGGGUAUGCUUGUGAUCGUUAAGGACUGGGCAGUUUUUCUAAAUAAAAAUAAACGGAAUGGAGCCAAACACAGGCAAAUCCUAGAGGAAAACCUAGUUUAGUCUGCUUUCCACCAGACACUGGGAGAUGAAUUCACCUUUCAGCAGGACAAUAACCUAAAACACAAGGCCAGAUCUACGCUGGAGUUGCUUAUCAAGAAGACCGUGAAUGUUCCCGAGUAGCAGAGUUAGUUUUGACUUAAAUCUAUAGCAACACCUGAAAAUGGUUGUCUAGCAAUGAUCAACAACUAGUUUGACAGAGCUUGAAGAAUUUUGAAAAGAAUAAUGGGCAAAUGUUACACAAUCCCGGUGUGGAAAGCUCUUAGAGACUUACCCAGAAAGAUUCACAGCUGUAAUCGCUGCCAAAGGUGCUUCUACAAAGUAUUGACUCGCAUGUGAAUACUUAUUUAAAUGAGAUUCCUGUAUUUAAUUUUCAAUACAUUUGCUAACUUUUCUUAAAACAAGUUUUUGCUUUGUCAUUAUGGGGUAUUGUGUGUAGAUGGGUGAGGGAAAAAAAAUGUAAUCCAUUUUGAAUUCAGGCUGUAACACAACAUGUGGAAUAAGUCAAGGGCUAUGAGUACUUUCUGAAGGCACUGGUUGGUUUAAUUUAUGUUAAACUUGUAAAUCAGUUGACCCUCCACUUUAGUGUUGAGUUAGGAGCUUUGUGCCCAGGGCACUAUAUCCAGUCUCUAUUGAUCUGAAUAACAGCUCUCUAGUUCCAUAUGCUCCCUACUACCCUCAGUGCCCAAACACAACAUAUGACAUUGAGAUCCCAUCCGAGUCAGCACAUCUGUCAGCGUUUUCCAUGUGUUGUCCUCUAACCCCAUUCUAUCCCUGGCUUGUCCUGUGCAGGUGAGUGCUCCAGUGGUGCCCUCCACCACGCAGGAGAAGCCCAAGGACAGCGACCAGUUUGAGUGGGUCACCAUCGAGCAGUCUGGCGAGCUCGUGUACGAGGCGCCAGAGACAAUGGCCGCCGAGCCGCCACCCAUCAACAAGUCGUCAGUGCAGACCAUGUCGCCCAUCCCCGCCCACUCGCUGGCGGCCUUCGGUCUGUUCCUGCGCCUGCCGGGCUACGCUGAGGUGCUGCUGAAGGAGAGGAAGCAUGCCCAGUGUCUGCUCCGCCUGGUGCUGGGGGUCACAGACGACGGAGAGGGCAGUAAGUGACAACACCUCUCACGCAGCUUCAGGCAUGGUCAGGAAAAACACCUGACCCCUAUUUAUGAAGGAUUUAUAAGCAUGUUCAUAUUUGGAAACACCAUUGAGGAUAACCGGGUCCCUAUGGUGUUUAAUAUAGAAGGUUGCUGCAGGGACAAACAUUCUCAGCCCUACUAAUAGCAGUUCACUUUUCCCCCAAUGCUCAGAUUGACUUUGUCAGGCAGUUGAUCUUGCCAAGUUGUGGACCAAGCAGAUCGAUAAUGCCCAUUAUCAGAGACCCUAAAUACAUAGCUGUCAGUGUCAUAAUAUGGGCAAUGCAUGUAAAUCGACUCUUCUAAAAGCACCUGGCCACGAGCGGGUAGAGAAAGAGCGGGAGAGAGAUUUUUAUCCCUCCAUUUACAAUUGAGGCACGUUUGUUCUCCCUGGUGCAGCUCUUCCCCUGCAGACCUUGAGACCGUAUCUGUCUGCGGGCCCUGUGGAUCAUUUAGCCAAAAUACUCACACUGGCUUGUUUUUAAUAUUGACAAGUCCUACCCUCUCAUACAUUACAACUCCUCACCAGCCAACCUCUGCUCUCAUUUGCCUUCAUUAUUGAUGGCUAUUUAGCUCCCCUCUCUAGGACCUGAAAUAAACUAUGUUGUCCUGCAACACUUUUUUCUUUAGUCCUUGAAAUAACGUCCCUUAAUGAUUGAUGGAGAGCAGGCUGCCAGCUUGUUUAGUGACACUGGUCACAUAGCACACAGUCAGCCUGCCAUUUAGUCGGCUGUUGUCUUCUCUGGCCUCAUUCUCAUAAGUGCUAAAUCGAUGUAUCCAUCCUUUCCGGACAGUAUUCCUCCACCUCUAUGGUCAUCCCUCUCACCAUCCCUCACACUCAUAAAGUGCUUCAUUCAUUUUUGAGUAAUUUAUCCAAUUCUAUUCAAUGAUAUUAUCAAUCAUCUUCUCUGAUUGGCUGUAUCUCUCGCCUUCCUUCUUUCCUUCCUUCUAGGUCACAUCCUGCAGUCUCCGUCAGCCAAUGUGCUUCCCACGCUGCCCUUCCACGUGCUGCGGACCCUGUUCAGCACCACACCCCUCACCACGGAUGACGGCGUGCUGCUGCGCCGUAUGGCCCUGGAAAUAGGAGCCAUCCACCUCAUCCUGGCCUGCCUGUCAGCCCUCAGCCACCACGCGCCCCGUGUCUCCAAAACCAGCGGGAACUCUUCAGAGGUGAAGCCCAGUCACUGACUGUGUCCAAAAGGCGCUCACAUGCACAUACACACUUCUGGUGACGUGCAUGUGGGCUUAACACUAGAAGUGCAGACAACGUCUUUUGAACGUCAUGUGAAUUUAAAAUUGUGUUAUCUCUGCAAUUUUCUAAGUCAAAUCUUCGACUAAACUAAUUCCACACAUAGGCCUAUAAUAAUAGAUGUAGCCUAAAGACCAGAUUAAAUUGACAGUCUAAAUGCGUGACUAUAUUAUCAAUUGUCUUGUGAAUAGAGAGGCCAGCAUGUGUAAUUGACAAAGAAGGGAACAGAGCUUACGAAAAAGUGACUGUUGAAAAUCUUCCUACAGAGGUUCAUGCAUGUCAGAUGUUUUGAUUUAUAUAACCUAUCGGAAAGUGCAGAGAUUCUAAGGUUUCUAAACACCUACAUUUGCCAAACAACUCUCUAAAUAUUAUUUUUUUGUAGAAUAACCGCAGCUCCAUGUGUUCCACAUGUGAGCACUUGCGGCAGCAUAUAGUCUAGGCCACUAAACACAGACUAGUAACAAUAAAAUGUAAAAUAUGCUAUUCUGUUCUUUUGAAAUACAUUUUAUUAGUUUCAUAAUGUUUCUUAAGACCUGCCUUAACGAAAUAAUAAUGCAUUUCUUUGAUGGUGUAUAACACUUGAAUUGUGGUAUUCUUUUUGCGAUGGCAUGUAUGAAAUGCGUUUAUUAGGCUGUUAGAAUGUUGAUGCCCCAAAGGCGCGGCAUUGGCUCGAACUCGGAUGCCUCGAGGCCCGGCCAUUCUAGUGUUAAAAUAAUAAGAAUGUAAACACAGUUCAAACACACACAUUCUUGUACGUCACCAAAUGUGGACAGAUGCCGGUGGAAGUUUGUUCUGUCCAUUGAGUUCUCUUGUGUGUUCAUGAUGGACCAAGACCAGGAUAAACCUCUUUUUGGGAUGGGUUGACAAAGUAUUGCGUGACAAAUGGUGUCAGCCUUGUCUAAUGCUUUUGGCUUGACAUGAUAGGAGGUUCUCACUCUCCUUUUGUCUUUCCCUCAAUGAGAGACGGGCGGUGAGGAUCAGUCAUGUUAUUAAUUACUCUACCUGGCAGGGCUUUACUCAGGGCUCUUAUGCAUAUCUCCACUGAGCCCUUGACAAAUUGGGUAAUUGGUUAGUGGGAAUGAUAAGAGGCAGGUCUGGCUUUGAAGAGAGACGUGUCCUUUGUAUUAUUGCCAACUCCAGGCAGAAGGGAACAUUAAUAGGAAUUGAAUCAUGCGCUGUCUGACUGCCAUGCCCAUUAAAUGGAGUGAUUAUACUUCUAUUGAGCUUUCUGCUGGGCUUCAACACUCACCUCCUGCUCAAAGCCUUUCAAAGUACUCUGUACUCUUCUAGGACCACUGAGACGCAAAGGAGAUGACUAACAACUCGGAACAAAUAACAGAUUGAUACAAUUUGGUGGAUACAGUCACAAUAUUGAUUUUGAUCACUAGAAGCUCAACGCCACCACAAGGGUCGAAGCGCUAUAGAUCAAAAGCCUAAAUUCAGCUAAACUGCUGAAGAUGACACUUUAUAUAGCAGGCGAGGCUAUUACAGUACUACAGCCCAGUGUUACUGUGGAUUGGCUCAACACGUGCUCUUGUCCACAGACCUGUGUGGAUUUAAGGAGUUGUCAGAGUUGAGGACAGAUCUCGGAGCCGAUGGCUUGAGUGCGGGCGGACGGUCAGUCCCCUCACACACACACACACACACACACACACAUCCCUCUUUGUCUGGGAAAGUGAGCCUCCUCCCUCCCCUCCCUGAUUGAUGUUCCAGGGCUCAGUGAUUAGUCUCCAACCUCUUAUAACGAGAGCAUAACUCCUCCCCCCUUUACCACUGGGAGAGUGUCAGGACUGGGCCCUGCUCCGGCCCAAACUGGACUCAGUACUAUACAAAACACACACACUAUGGCCAUCUAUUAAAAGCCGGUUAACAAUGAAGAAACUCACCAAAGGAAUAAAAGAAAAACAGGUCAAAAUCCCAGCAGUCUCAUCCCACCUACUGUAAAGUCAAUGCAAAUGCUGAGUCAUCUCCAUUGCGCCACAGUUGACUGAUAAAAUUGACAGUGAUCUCUGAUGGCAGAGGUGCAUGUACAUAUACGCCACCUCCAUUAGCCGGUAACAUUCCCAUAACGCUUGUCUGCACGUCGGGAGCGUUCCUGCAAUGUUAAAGAUGCGCUGGGAGAGCGCUCCCGUAGAUCUUUAUAGCACUCCCACGUCAAGCCUGAUGAUCGUCAAAGCAAAAAAGGUGCCGUCUCAAGAAAUGUUCUCCUCUCGUCUAACUCAGACAUCCUUUCAUAUCCAUCUCUCUGUUCUCUUUAUUCAAACAUGCCCCCUGCUCCCUCCCUGUACCACAGGGAACUCUCGUUGCUCAAAUAUCAUACGCACAGCACCAGGUCAACCUUUGUUUAGUCCGAGCAUAUGCUCUUUCCCUCCGAGACUCCUCUGCCUUUCAUUUGACAAGGUCUCCUAUUCAAACUGCUGGGCAUGUGCUCGGAGCAGAACUAUCAGUGCCUCAAGUGUAUAACGGCUGUGACAAGCAGGGCUGCAUAGGAGUUGGGACUGUGGGUAGGCAGGCUGUUAUGUUUGUUGGUGAUUUUCUACCUGGAAAACCAGCAUUGCGCUCUCACUCAACUUUUGAUGAAGUGUUGUGGUGUCUCCCUUGUCGUGAUGUGUGUGUUGUCCUAUAUUUUUAUUUUUAAUCCCCCGUCCCCGCAGGAGGCCUUGUGCCUUUUGGUAGGUAGGCCGUCAUUGUAUAUAAGAAUUUGUUCUUAACUGACUUGCCUAGUUAAAUAAAGGUUAAAUACAAAUAAAUAAAUGUGACAACUGACAUUUUGAAAAGGGGGAAAAGUAAUCUUAUUCAGUCCAAAUGUGUAGCCUAUGCUGCAUUGAGAAUAACAUUUUAGUCUUUUGCUGAUUUCAUGAGUUUAUGGAAGGCUAUUAUCAGUAGGCCUGGCCUAUGUUGUCAUCACAAUGGACCAGUAGACUACACUUUACCCCCUGCUGAUUUCCUGUGUUGUGCUCAUCACCUCCACUCUUUCUGUCUGUCCCCAGCCCACAGUGUCCAGUGGUCAUGGAGGGGGCACCAGUGAGGAGCAGCAGCUGUACUGGGCGAAGGGCACUGGGUUCGGUACAGGCUCCACUGCCUCAGGCUGGGACGUGGAGCAGGCCCUCACCAAGCAGAGGCUGGAGGAGGAGCAUGUCACUUGUCUGCUGCAGGUAAGAGUCCUCUAGGCCUAGCUAGGUGUAGUAUAUCCUGAUGGUUUUCCCCAGUGGCACAAAGUGUUACGUUGCUAACAAUUCCUGUGUAGUUACCCCAGAGAAAGGCCUAUAUGUGUUGCUAAACAUGCAUGUGUGUAUUCUCCCCCGUCCCCUGUCUCCCAGGUGCUGGCCAGCUACAUCAACCCAGCAGGCUGUGUGAGUCACGGAGAGGCCCCUACAGGGGAGAGCAGGGGCCACAACAGCAAUGCCCUUCCCACGGUGCUGCAGGAACUGCUCAGCCAGUCCUGCCUCAUUCCAGCCAUGUCCUCUUACCUACGCAACGACUCCGGUGAGUCU